GCGCCGCUGCUUCCUCGCCGUCCGGCCCCGAUCCUGCCCUCCUCCUCCUCCUCCUCCCGCUCCUCCCGGCGGGCGCGCCCACGUGCCGGGCCGGGCGCCGCGAUGGGCAGCCUGGUGCUGGAAGAUGGCACGCUGGUGCGCGGGCGCCCCUUCGGAGCCGCCAAGGUCGCCGCCGCCGGGGAAGUGGGUGAGUCUUUUGGGGGGGGGUCGGGUGGGGGGGCGGCACAAAGGCGGGACCCCUCCCCCACCCUGUCCUCCUCGGGGUCCGCGGCGCCUGCCCCGCCCCCCGACGGAGCCUGCUCCCUCCACGUGGGCGAGGGCUUCCCCUCUUCUCCUGCCUGGGGGGCGAUCGGGGGUCCCCCCUGGAUCCGGGGCCCGCCAGCCCCGAAGCGCGCCCAGGGCGGGAGGCCGCAGCUGCUGGAGAGCGCCUCUGAGCGCGUCCAGAGUGCCUUCCGGGGCCGGGGGGGGGUCGCCUUGCGCCGGGGGCCAGGCCUGCUGGGCUGCAAUGGGGCUCCCAGGCAAAAUCGGGCCCACACCUCGGCAUCUGGAUCGGGCCCGGAGGGGGCUGGGGGCUCCUGGAUCACCCCAGAGGAAGCAAGCCUGGCUGGGGGGGGUCUCCUCUCAUGCCCCCCCUUCAGGCUUCUGCGACUUCGCUUUGUGUUGCAGAAAUAAUCCUGGAGAAAGGGGGGGCAAGCACUCUCAGGGCCCCACAGAGACCUCUGGCUAAUGCCAGUUUCUCGGGCCCCAGCCCAUAAUAAUAGUAAAAUGACAGGGCGUGAAAACAAAAUAAGACCCCCCCAAAAGAAUGAGACUAAUGUGCCGCUCCAAGCUGAUACCGGGCUCUGCGCUGGGCUAGAUGACCCCUGAGGGUCCCUUCCAGCUCUGCAAUUUUGCGAUUCUACGAUCUGGACUUGAGGCGCCUAAAACAAGUCGUGAAACUUCCUAAAUGCCAACAAAUGGAUCAGUGUCUGCCUGUGACGCCCCCUUUGAGGUCCAGGCCAGGCAGCCCCCUCCUCCGCUGCCCUCUCAAUGAGCCCGGGGGGGUGUCCCCAGAAGUGGGCACUGGGCCCGCUGUGUACCCCCUUCCUGCCCCCCUUCCCUCCUGCAGGGGAGCGGCACCUGAUACCUGAGCGGCUUCUGGCGCACUUCUAAUUAUCGUCACCUGAGAAGGGAUGUGGUGGCGUCCGGAUUGGCAGGACCGAGAUCAGUGCGGCCCCAGAGAACGCGGGAAGGGGGGCAGGGUGUUCUAGGUCCAGGGUAGCUGCCUCUCUGCUUCCUCUGAAUCCCCCUGGGGGGGUCAGGCAAUAAUAAUAAUAGUAAUAAUAGUAAUAGUAAUAAUUUAUUAUUUGUACCCUGCCCAUCUGGCUGGGUUUCCCCAUUGAUGGCGCAGCGGCUUCUGUCACGAUUCCCCCCAAUGACCCUCCAGCCCCCUGAAGUGGCUUUGGCCAGGUGCCUGGGGGUGCGGCCAGCCACCCCCCACAGAUCGGGGCAGGAGGACUGACCCUUUGGCCAGGGCCUUGCGGUGCUGACCAGGCCUCCUCUGGCUUCCCUCUCCGCAGUCUUCCAGACCGGCAUGGUGGGCUACCUCGAAGCGUUGACGGACCCCUCCUACAAAUCACAGAUCUUGGUGCUGACGUACCCCCUGGUCGGGAAUUAUGGGGUCCCGCCGGACGAGGAGGGUCCGUACGGGCUCAGCCGGGUGAGUAGGCGGGCAGAGAUUCCAGGUUCUGCUUCAUGUAGCUUGUCAUCUAGACUGAUGAGCAGCUUCUCAGCAGAGGCCGAUAUAAAUGACACAGCCGCAUUUCACAUCCGGUCCUGGGAAUAAGCUGGUCAUUGAGGGUUCUUGUCGCUGUCACAAAUGCCAAGCAUUAGUCCUUUGGAAUCCGGCCUGUGCUUGUAUUUAGAGAAGUCGUAAAUUAAAUUUGUUUAAAAAAACCUUGAUCGGAUCAACGGGGUUCAUGCAGGGAGCUAAGGAACAAUCUUGCAGGACUGAAAUGGUAAUUCCCUGCUUCUGCAGAUAUUAUGAUGUGGGUCCCAGGUGGGCCUCUCUGUGGGGCGUAUCCCUCUCUCACAGCCCCCCUCGUGCAUCAGGUGGGGGAGGAGGGAUCCUCAACAUGCACUGCAAUGUCCUUCACACAACACGUGGUCCAGAGUGCCUUCCAUCAGCUUCGGCUGGUGGCCCAGUUCUUAAGCCCCUAUCUGGACAGAGAGAGCCUGACUCCUGUUGUCUAUGCUCUGGCAUCCUCAAGGUUAGAUUACUGCAAUGCGUUAUACAUAGGGCUGCCUCUGAAGAUGGUUCGGAAACUUCAGCUGGUGCAGAAUUCAGUGGCCAGGUUGCUCACCAGAGCAAGACGGUUUGAACAUAUUGCACCAAUUUUGGUCCCACUGCACUGGGUGCCAAUUACCGUAUUUUUCGCUCUAUAAGACGCACCAGACCAAAAGAAGCACCUGUUUUGGGAGGAGGAAAACAAUAAAAAAAAUAUUCUGAAUCUCAGAAGCCAGAACAGCAAGAGGGAUCGCUGCGCAGUGAAAGCAGCAAUCCCUCUUGCUGUUCUGGCUUCUGGGAUAGCUGAGCAGCCUGCAUUCGCUCCUUAAGAUGAACACACAUUUCCCUUUACAUUUUAGGAGGGAGAAAAUGAGUCUUAUAGAGCAAAAAAAAAUGGUAGUUUCCGGGCCCAAUUCAAAGUCCUGCUUUUGACCUAUAAAGCCUUAAACGGCUCAGGACCACAAUAUUUCGAGGACCGCCUCUCCCCAUAUGAACCUGGACCCCAAUAUCAUCUUUGAGUCCCUCCUUCGUGUGCCUCCUCCGUGAGAGGCCUGGAGGGUGGCAACACGAGAGCAGGGCCUUCUCUUCAGUGGCUCCCCAUCUGUGGGAUGCUCUCCCCGGGGAAGUCUGCCUGGUGCCUUCAUUAUACACCUUCAGGUGCCAGGCAAAAAUGUUCCUUUUUAACCUUUGAUUGAUCUGAUUGGCAUCCUCUGCCCUUUUAAAAUGUGGCUCUUUUCUUUGGGGGUGUUAUUGGGGUGUUGUAUUUAUUCUGAUUAUGUAUUUUGUGGUUUUAUUCCGUGCUCCACCAUGAGACCUCCAGGUAUAGGGCACAUAUAUACAUUUUAAUAAUAGGCUUUGAAAGAGGAUGAGACAAAUUCAUGGUGGGCUCUCUGUGGCUGCUGGCCAAGAUGGCGAUGGUCCCUCUCCACAGCUGGAGGCAGCCAUGCUUCCAAAAACUACAGGAGAGUUGCUCUUGUGCUAAGAUCCUGCUUGCUGGUUUCCCACUAAGGACAGCUGUGUGGCCCCUGGGGAAACAGGCUGCUGGACUAGAUGGGCCCACCUGGACGGACCCAGCAGGCGCUUCUGAUAUUCCUUAAGACUGUGGUGGUGGGAUGCUGGCCCUGAUUCCCUCUCCCCUUCCUCCUCCUCCUCCUAGUGGUUUGAGUCCAGCUCCAUCCACGUCGCAGCCCUCAUCGUCGGCGAGUGUUCCCGAAACCCCAGCCACUGGAGCGCCACCACCUCGCUUGACCGCUGGCUGCAGGAAAAGGGGAUUCCUGGCCUGGAAGGUAAGCCCAGGGCCCAGCAGGAGGGGCUGGCGAGGGGCCAGAGGGCUGAGCCUGUUGGUGCCCUCCCUCAGCUGCACCCCCAGACACAUCAUACCUACACAUCACAGAAAAGGCGGUCUGCAACGGAAAUCUGAGUGCGUUGUUUAUCUCCUGUCUGGCAGGUAACCUGUUAAUGGUCACUUGAUUGAAUUACCUGGGGAGCCUAGUCAGUCUUUUGUAAUGAUAAAUACUUCGUUCCUGGGCCAGGUCACAGGCUCACCCUAUUCAUACACAGACAUAGCCUUAAGACAGGAUUUGUGAAGGAAAAGACAAUGGGGAGGCUUUUCCAUUUUCCUUCUACCUUGCAGAGAAAAUAUCUGAGGUCAAUUUGGGAGGGACAAAUGGUUUCAGGACUUUUUCUGUGGGGUUUCAGACAUGUGGUUUAUAUAUUUAUGUACGUAUUUGCUUGGUACAUUUAUGAACAUUUAUCUCAUUUGUCUUAUAAGACCUUAAUUUUUUUUAUUUCACCGCCAAGAGUCCUGUGGGGGAAAACACAUAGGUGGAAAAUGCAGAAAUGGUGGGGGGAUUAUAGACACCCCCCAGGAAUCCUUGUGACAAAUACGCAGGUGUUUCCCCCACAUUUGGGAUUCUGGGAGGGAGCAGCCUGUGAGCAGACGGGGGCCUCUCAUUCCAAAUCUUACAGGGGGAUAAAAGAGCUUGUUCUCCAAAGCACCCUGUCCAUUGUGGAUUCCUCCUCCUCCCCCCCAGCGGCAGGCCCCCUUUGGCGCCCUUCCCCGUCGCCCCCACUUUUCCUGCUGCUGUUGAUGGAAAAUACCAUCUCUCCGCACGAUGCAAAAUGUCAGCUGAGAUUGCAUUUAGUGAACCCAGGAGGAGCCGGGGGGAACAAAACAAAGACGGCAUCCUCAUGGGGAGGGAGAGGCCCUUUGGAAAGGGGGGGCACUGAAAAGGGACAUAUGAGCCCCCUUCAUGUAUCUGAAAGGCGUCCCAAGCUUGUUUUCUGAUGCUCCAGUCAGUGGGGCACAAAGCAACAGAUGCAAAUGGCAAGAAAGAAGAUUCUGGCUAAACGCUAGGGAUAAUUUUCCUCACCUAAGAGCUGUUGGACAGCGUCCCAGACGCCCUUGCCAGACGGCAGACUCUCCUUUGCUAGAGGUUUUAAGCAGAGGUCAGGUGACCAUAUGAGCCACCAGGAGCGCUUUAGUUGUGCUUUCUGCACUGCGGGGGCUGGACUGGAUGACCCCUGGGGUCCCUUCUAUAAUUCCGCCACGUGGCAGGGAGAAUUUGCCCCCACAGAAGUGUGAUGAGCUGUUCUGCCCCUCGGUGGCCGAACAUGGCUGUGCGUCUCUGCCCAGGGUCCGCUCUGUGGGGCUGCCUUGGUUCUCCCGCUGAGCCUGGCAGGGGCUGCGAGGGACGCGGAUGAGCCUGUCCUGGUGCUGACUGGCCCCUUGUGCUUCCAGGAGUGGACACUCGCGCGCUGACCAAGAGGAUCCGGGAGAAGGGCAGCUUGCUGGGCAGGCUGGUGCCCGACGGUGUCCCCAACACCCACCUGCCCUUUGAGGACCCCAACAAGAGGCACCUGGUGAAGGAGGUCUCCCUCCAGGUAGGGGGGGCAAGAGGGGAGCUUGGGUGGUCGGACCUGGAGGUGGCUUGGCUGCCCAUGAGGGGGUCUGCUUUUGUGCAUGGCAGAGUUUGCUUUCUGGGCCUGCAUGUGGCCCUUGGCAUUGGGGGCUUAGCAGCAGAGCAGGCUGUGCUCCAGUCUCCACGGCUGGAGGUUUCGUGGGCUGCUUGGACGUAGAAAAAUGGUGGGAGGAAGCAGCUGGGGAGCCCCAUGGGAAGAAGGCUCAGAGCCCCGAGAGGGGUGGUGAGUGGUCAGAGGGAGAAGCCUGGGAAGAGAAGGUGUCAGUAGCAGAAGGGGUAACCGGACUUGGUGAGCGGGGAGAGUCUGUGCCAGAGAGCAGUCCAGAAUCGGAGGCAGAAGCUGAUGCAGGAGAGGAGAGAGACCAAGAGGCAGAGAUGCCCCCCCCUCCUGUGACAAACUCCCUUCCAGAACCAGAAGAGGCUUGAAGAGGGAGGGGCAGAGACAGGCACACCAACAAAGUCUCAGAUUGCUUGGAAAGAACCUGGGAAAGGAGGAGACUUAGGCAAAUAUAAGCCUCGUGUGGGCAAGAUGCAGCAGGAGGAGUUGCUGUGCUUGCUAGGCCUGUCCUCCUGAGCAGACCUUGUUUCCUUGAAUAAAGAGCUAACUUCACUGACACCAUGCGAUUUCUUGCUGCCUUGCUCCUGGCAGCAACGCUUUUGAAUGCCAUUUCCUGGAAAGCACAGGAGGACAGAGGGCUCUUGUGCCUGAAUCCUGCUUGUGGGUUUCACAAAAGAGGCACUGGGAGGACAGGGUGCUGGGUUCGAGUUCACUGCCUGAUCCAGCAGGCUCUCCAUAAGUUCUUAAGCAGAGGGUGGCCAGGAGCACAGAGCCAUCGUGGGCCAGCAUCCCAGGGGUUGGGGGUGUUUCCUGGGCCAGCCUGGCCCCUGAGUGCCCCCUGCCCACCCUGAGAGGCUCCCUUUCUGGCCAUCAGCGUCACUCUUCCUCCCUGCCUCCCCCGACUGACUAGGCUCCCCGCCUCUUCAACCCCGGGGGAUCCGUCAGGAUCACGGCCGUCGACUGUGGCCUCAAGUACAACCAGAUUCGGUGCCUCUGCAGCCGUGGCGCAGCCGUGAGAGUCGUGCCCUGGGACCACCCCCUGGACAGCGCAGGUGAGUGGAGGCUGCUGGCAGGAGCCUUCCUGGGCGCUGGACGGACACAGGGAGGGGAGGCCUUGGGUCUGGGGGCUGCUGAGGGUCUCUCCUCACUUGGGGAAGGGUCCCAGCUUGCCCCAUUUCUGGAUUCUCCUCCCAGAGUUCGACGGUCUGUUUGUCAGCAACGGCCCUGGAGACCCCCAGCUCUGCCAAGUGACGGUUGCCAACCUGCGCCGCGUCCUGGAGCUGCCAACCCCGAAGCCCGUUUUUGGAAUCUGCCUGGGCCACCAGCUGCUGGCGUUGGCCAUCGGGGCCAAGACCUACAAGAUGAAGUAGGUGUCUGUGGGGGGAGAGUCAGGGCAGUCACGCAAAAGCCCCCCCCUUUUUUUGCAGCUGACGGUUAACCUGUGGAACUCCCUCCCCCAGGAGGCAGGAGUGGCCUGUCAGGAGUUCAGCCUACACUUGAGUAGGACCCUGGCAGAGACACAUGCCCGACUUGCUUGUUCCCUCCCUCCUGGUCAAUCGUUCGGGAGUUUCAAAAGCUUUCUUCAGCCCGAACAUCACAGCGACCGAUGCCAACCGACAUUGGUACACUUAGGGAUCUGCAGAGUUUGUGCAUCAUGCGUAACAGACCUCAGCAACUCAGCAUGUUGGCUAAUCUACUUUAUUUCCAUCUAAACACAUACGGAGCACUGCAACAUGGCUCCCUCUCUCUCUAGCAUCAGACAGCAAAGAGAGAGAACAAAGGACAAUAGUCCCACUUCACGGAACACAGGAACACAAACAUCCUGUCUCCAUCACUUCCCACUCUGUGGAGUCAAAAUGUACACCGUCAUGUGGAAGACAACAAUCCCAUGACUGCAAUCAGGGAGCAGGAAUUCUAACAGGGCCACCAACCUGGGAUGGCUUUCAAAGAGGAUUGGAAGUUUUUAACGCCCAUGUUUCACUGUGUUUAUUAUAUUGUGUUGGAAGCUGCUGAGAGUGCCUGGGGCAGCCCGUUUUGAUGGGCAGGGUGCAAGUAAUAUAUUAUUAUUAGCACCAGGAGUUGACGCAUUCAUGGAUGGCUCCUAGCCAAGUUGGCUCUGCUUUCCCUCCGCAUUUGGUGCUUCCCAAUCCCCGUUUCUGGUGCCCGGAUCCUGCUUGCUGGUUUCCCAUAAUGGGCAUCUGGUUGGCCCCUGUGAGAACAGGAGGCUGGACUGGAUGGGCCACGGGCCGGAUCCAGCUGCAGGGCCCUUAAGGACAGUGGAGACCACCUCUGGCCACUCCUGUCUCUCCAUGGCAAGUUCGCGCUGGGCACAGAAGUCCUUUGGCUCCUCCCUCUGGCCAGGCCUGACUGCCCCCCUCUCCCCACUGGGCAGGUACGGAAACCGCGGGCACAACCAGCCGUGUCUCCACGAGGGCUCCCAGCGCUGCUUCAUCACCUCCCAGAACCACGGCUUUGCGGUCGACUCGGCUAGCCUGCCGGCCGGCUGGUCCCCCCUCUUCAGCAACGCCAACGACCUCUCCAACGAGGGCCUCGUCCACGGCUCCAAGCCUUUCUUCAGGUGAGAGAUGGUGGGGGGGUAUGCAUGGGGGGGCGGUGGUGUCUUGCCUCGCUCCUGCCCCCUUUGGAGUGGGGAGUACGGUGCAUGGCAGAGCGCAUGCGGGGGGUUGGGCCAGAUGACUUUUGGGUUCCCCUCCGACUCUCCAGUUCCGGGAUUCUGUGCGCUGGCAGGGUCUCCCCACACCCCUGGGGCUCCUGACCCCCCAAAGCCUUUUCUCCCCCCCCUUCAGUGUGCAGUUUCACCCGGAGCACAACGCUGGACCGACAGACCUUGAGUGUCUCUUCGACAUCUUCCUGGAGACGGUGCGAGGCCAGGCGGAGGGAGCGCAGAGCCCGGAGACAGGUGCCUCUUGGGGGGGGGGACAGGUCUGGCCCCUAGGGACCCCUAUUUGGGGACUUCCCUGGCUUUUUUCUGGCCCACGUUGGACCAGUCUGGAUAGUUAGCCUUGGUGAAGACUUGACGUUUUCAUCCCCCAAAAAGUUUUUGAUUGGAGUUUCUGCUGAAAUGAGGCUGCAUUUUAACAUUGUAUUUUAAUCUUGUUUUUUAAGUCGUAUUUCAAUCAAUUGUUUUUAUACCUGGUGUUAGCUGCCCUGAGCCCGGUCUUGGCUGGGGAGGGCGGGGUAUAGAUAAAAUUUAUUAUGAUUAUUAUUAGGGACGCGGGUGGCGCUGUGGGUUAAACCGCAGAGCCUAGGACUUGCCAAUCAGAAGGUCAGCGGUUCGAAUCCCCGCGACGGGGUGAGCACCUGUUGCUCGGUCCCUGCUCCUGGCAACCUAGCAGUUUGAAAGCACACCAGUGCAAGUAGAUAAAUAGGUACCGCUCCGGCAGGAAGGUAAACGGCGUUUCCGUGCGCUGCUCUGGUUCGCCAGAAGCAGCUUAGUCCUGCUGGCCACAUGACCCGGAAGCUGUACGCCGGCUCCCUCGGCCAAUAAAGCAAGAUGAGCGCCGCAACCCCAGAGUUGUCCGUGACUGGACCUAAUGGUCAGGGGUCCUUUUACCUUUAUCUUUAUAAUUAAUAUUAUUAUUUUCCGCCUUGCGUGCUGGUGGGGCCUGCCCCAGUCUCUGCCCUGUCCAGGUUGAGGUAUCGCAGGCCCCUCGUGUGGGGCUGGACCACUGUCUUAACUGAGAUGCCCCCUUUUUCUUUCUCUCUCUCUCUCCCCCCCCCCUCAGUUCGUGAGCUCCUGCAACAGCGCCUCUGCUUUGCCAAAGCGCCCCCUGCCAGCACCACUGCCCGACCCCACAAGGUGCUCAUCCUGGGCUCAGGGGGGCUCUCUAUAGGGCAGGCGGGUGAAUUUGACUACUCUGGCUCCCAGGUGAGUUGAGGGAGGGAGGGGAGGGCGAUCGAUUUGAUUUGAUUGAACGUAUUUCCAUGCCACUUUAUCCCCAUUGAGACGCAGCCCAAAGCAGCUUACAAAACAAUAUGUAGCAAUAAUGUAAUUUUAUUUUAUCCUGUUUACAUUAUUUGCAGGCUACCCUUCACUCCGCAGAGUGAGGAGCAAAGUAAUGAAAAUAGUAAGAGAAAAGCAGUGUACAAAAAUUGGAAAAUCAUGUAAACAAUAUCAAUAAACAAUUGUAUCGUAAACAAACAAUUACAACAUGAAUUUAUAUUUGUAAUUUAAUGAGCUGGGAGCUAAGUAAUGAAAACACAGAAAAGCAAUGUUCAGAAAUUACAGAAACAUGUCAACAGCAAGAAUAAAGAACAAAAAUUUAUCAUAAACAAGCAAAUCUACAACAGAACAAAUAUUUCGCAAUUUAGCCGUGUGCAGUUAAGAUUUCAGAUCAUCACAGGGGCAACAAAAAUCACAUAAUUAGCAAAUCAGCAAUUGCAAUCUAUAGAGCACUCUUGGGAAACCUGCAACUAAAAAAAGAAGCUAGACAUUACAGUGACCACAAAAGUCAUGUUUAUGCUUAACAAAUCAAUGUCGCAUUUAUAAUCUCUAAAACAAUAAACAAGAUAGCAACCAGAAAAUAUGCUAAACCCUAGUAAAUUAACACACACUAUCCCCCCCCCGCAUGACUCAUACUCCUUCACUCUGUUUACUAAAAUACACAACCACAGACACAAGCCGUACAGAAGGUCCCCUAUCUCACAGAAAUAUCUGCAGCAGAUCUAGACUUUAAAGUUCCUAGGUGGGGGGAGAGGCCUUGGGGCUUUUGGUGGGGUGACGGGCGGGAGGUCGGGGUGCUGGGAGCAUGUGGGGCCUGUCAGAGUGUGGGUGCGGCUGAGAUUCCCCCCCCCCCAGCAUCUUCUGGAGGGGCUAAUCUCUCCCUAUCAGCCAAGGCCACGCAAAGCCUUGCAAACUGCUUUCCCACACUGGGACGGCCGCCCUGCGCAAGUGCGCUGCUUCAGAUUGUGAACGUUGUGGUUGCGAAUUCGAGGUCGUUCCCUUGACUGGCGUCCUUGUUGGCAAGGAGGUUGUGGGUGGGGAGGGACCGGACCACACACACACACACACACACACACACACACACACGACUGACCCAAUUCCCUCUUCCUUCCCUCCCUGCCAGGCCAUCAAGGCCCUGAAGGAGGAGAACAUUCAGACGGUGCUGAUCAAUCCCAACAUUGCCACUGUGCAGACCUCGAAAGGCUUGGCGGACAAAGUCUACUUCCUGCCCAUCACCCCCGACUACGUGGCUCAGGUGAGCUGAGCUCCCCCCUCCUGCCGUGGAAUGGUAGAAUUCAGAGGGACACGCAAAGGGCAUCUAGCCCAACCAUCUGCAACUGGUAUACGGAGUCAUCUGGAGGCAGCAAGUAGUGGCUGCUGCAACCCCUCUGCUCCAAGAAUUUGUUCCAUCCUCUUCUAAAUCUGCCCAGAUUGGUGGCCCUCACUGCCUCUUGUGGCAGCGAGUUCCGCAGUCUAACUCUGCGCUGCAUGAAGAAGGGCUUUAUUCUCUCUGUCCUGAACCUUCUGGUUUAUAUACAUAUAUUUUUAUUAGUUUUUUAACAUAUCGUUUUCCACAAUUAUUAAACAUACUUUUAUACCUUAUACAAUUUUUUUCACUUCCAUCAAUGACACCUAAAAGUUUUCCAAUCUUUUCACUUAAUUUACAUUUCUUACUUUCACUACAUAAAUAUCAUAACCAGUAUCUCUCUUCUUGCUCUUCUUUGCAGUAUUUCAUAUAUUCCUCCUUACAAAACUUCUUGUAGUCCUACUAGCGUAAUUUGUUGAUUACAGUUGCUCUUCAAAUAAUUCGUAUAUUCCUACCAAUCUUCUGUGAAUCUCUGGUUUUGAAUCCUUCCUGUCAUUUUAUCCCAUUCUGCAUAGUCCAUUAAUUUCGUAUGCCAUUCUUCUUUUGUCGGUAUCUGUCCUGAACCUUCUGAUCUUCCUUGGGUGCCCCAGAGUCAUACGGUUACGAGAGAGGGAGGGAGAAAAGUCUUUCGUGUAGCAGGGACUUCAGCGGUGCCUGGGUGGCCCCCAGAGCUUUGGAGAGAUGUGUUGCGUUAGGAGUCUGCGCCCGUGUGGCAUCUUCCUCUGCUCCUCCCUUUUCAGCCCCCUCCUGGUUCUGCAGGAGAGGGUGAGGAAGGACCUGAUGCUUCGCUUGCCUGGCCCGCCUCUUCCCCCAGUUCUGAAUCUUCUCCUGCCUCCAGCUCUCGCUUCCUGGCCAGCACAGUUCCCCACAAACCACUGCCCCCCCCAGGCGAGGCUCCAGCCCCCUUUCCGCUGGAGUCCCGCCAGUUCCCAACACCUCCUUUCCCUGCCCCCAGGUCAUCAAGAACGAGCGCCCCGAUGGGAUCCUGCUGACCUUUGGGGGGCAGACGGCCCUGAACUGCGGCGUGGAGCUGACCAAGGCGGGGGUCCUGGAGCGCUACCACGUCCGCGUCCUGGGCACUCCGGUGACCUCCAUCGAGAUGACGGAGGACCGCAAGGUCUUCGUGGAGAAGAUGGAGGAGAUUGGGGAGCACGUGGCGCCCAGCGAGGCUGCCUGCUCCCUCGAACAGGUGAGGGGGCUCAGGCAGGGUGACCACCUUCAGUCUCAAGGCUGGCCUUUCCUUUGCGGGGGUGGGGGUCUCCAAGGCGGGGGGGGGGGCUUGUUCCUGUGGGAAGAAGGUCUGGAAGAGCCCUGCUGGCUUCUCUUUGUCAAGGGGGGCUUCUGAAAAUCAGGGGGCGGGGAGGCUGCUAUAUCUGAGUGGCUACAAAGGGGCAGAGGGGUCCAUCCCCCCUAAACACACACUGCCCCUAGCUAAUAAUAAUAAUAGUGAUAAUAAUAAUAAUAAUAAUAAUAAUAAUAAUAAUUUAUUAUUUGUACCCGGCCCAUCUGGCUGGGUUUCCCCAGCCACUCUGGGCAGCUUCUAACAAAGAUUAACAAUACAUCAAAAUGUCACACAUUAAAAACUGCCCUGAGCAGGGCUGCCUUCAGAUGUUUUCUAAAUGUCAGGUAGUUGUUUAUCUCUUUGACAUCUGGUGGGAGGGCGUUCCACAGGGCGGGUGCCACUACCGAAAAGGCCCUCUGCCUAGUUCCCUGUAACCUGGCUUCUCGCAGUGAGGGAACUGUCAGAAGGCCCUCGGCGUUGGACCUCAGUGUCCGGGCAGAACGAUGGGGGUGGAGACGCUCCUUCAGGUAUACUGAGGCUGUUUAGGGCUUUAAAGGUCAGCACCAACACUUCGAAUUGUGCUUGGAAACGUUCUGGGAGUCAAUGAAGAUCUUUCAGGACUGGUGUUAUGUGGUCUUGGCGGCUGCUCCCAGUCUAGCUGCCGCAUUCUGGAUUAAUUGCAGUUUCUGGGUCACCUUCAAAGAUAGCCCCAUGUAGAGCGCAUUGCAAUAGUCCAAGCGGGAGAUAACCAGAGCAUGCACCACUCUGGCGAGAUAGUCUGCGGGCAGGGAGGGUCUCAUCCUGCGUACCUGAUGGAGCUGGGAGACAGCUGUCCUGGAUACAGAAUUAACCUGCGCCUCCAUGGACAGCUGUGAGUCCAGAAUGACACCCAGGCUGCGUACCUGGUCCUUCAGGGGCACAGUUACCCCAUUCAGGACCAGGGAGUCCCUCACACCUGGCUGCCUCCUGUCCCCCCCAAGAACAGUACUUCUGUCUUGUCAGGAUUCAACCUCAAUCCAUUCACAGUACGAAUGGACUCUGAGAACUUGUGUCUGUAAGGACUGGGCGACGUAUUCCUUCCACUGCACAACAUGAUUUUACCUAUUAAAAUGCUGGGUCUGGGGGUUCUGCAGGGAGCCCACAGCGGCUUCCUGGGCGCUGCCUGGAGGUGCCCUUCUCUGGGCACUCUUGGGGCCCUCCUGGAGGAGGCCGGGCCCCUCACUGCUUCCUCCCUCCCCCCCAGGCGCAGGCGGCGGCGGAGAGGCUGGGCUACCCGGUGCUUGUGCGCUCUGCCUACGCGCUGGGCGGCCUGGGCUCCGGCUUUGCCAACGGGCGAGAGGAGCUGACGGCGCUGGUGAGCCAGGCCUUUGCCCACACCUCCCAAGUGCUGGUGGACAAGUCCCUCAAGGGCUGGAAGGAGAUUGAGUACGAGGUGGUGCGGGACGCCUACGACAACUGCGUCACGGUAAGCGGCGGGGGGGGGAGGGGUCGUCUUUGGGUACAAGGAGGCAGGGCUGGCGCUCGCAGGACCCGGUCGGUCCUCACCUGUUGGAUCUCUGUCUGGAAGCGGCCAGGCCGGGCAAGUCUCUGAUGGUUCCUAGAAGUGAAAGGAAAUCACAGCUAAAGGAUCCCUGAGAGAGAUCCCUAAAGGAGGUUGUGGACUCUCUCUCACUGGAGGUUUUUAAGCAAAGGUUGGGUGACCGUCUGGCACUGAGAUUCCUGCAUUGCAGGGGUUGGACUGGAUGACCCUUAGGGUCCCUUCCAACACAAUUCUACAAUACUAUGAUCUCUACUUAAAAAUCUCCUGUGAGGGAGAGUUCACCUCCUCCUCCUCCUUCUUUGAGAAAAUUUCAUUAGUAUUUAUAAAGAGAGAUGCGUACAAAGAUUAUUAUAAUUUCUUUUUUUUGCCCAGACUAAAACAUUUACAGCGGAACCCUGGUUCUCGUUCCGCUUAGUUGAUGAACAAAUUGGCUCCCGAACUCCAAAACCCAGAAUUAAGUGUUCCGGUUUUUGAACGUUUUUCGGAAGCCGAACGUCCGAUUCCGUUGUCAUCUAUUGUUUCCGGGACGCCUGUGCCAAUAGGAAGCUGUGCCUUGGUUUUCGAACGUUUUGGAAGUCAAAUGGACUUCCAGAACGGAUUGCGUUUGAGAACCAAGGUACCACUCUAUCUAGGUCCAAUUGGAAAGAAAGAAGAAAGAGAAAAAAGAAAUAGAUAAAAAAGAUGGAAGGAUUAAAAGAGAGAGAAAUAAAGUUAAGAAACAAAGAAAUUUCCGAUUCUUCAUCUGCCAGCUAUAUAGAGACCUUAUUCGAUGUCACCCACUGCCGGAACAGCUUGUGUGGUGGGAGGGGCGUGCUUGUGCCCCCGAAGGGCCCCCCUCUUCCUACCUGCCUCACCUGCUCUCCCCCCCGAUCCAGGUGUGCAACAUGGAGAACCUGGACCCCCUGGGCAUCCACACGGGGGAGUCCAUUGUGGUGGCCCCCAGCCAGACGCUCAACGACCGCGAGUAUAACCUCCUGCGCACCACGGCCAUCAAGGUGGUGCGCCACCUGGGCAUCGUGGGCGAGUGCAACAUCCAGUAUGCCCUGAACCCCGAAUCUGAGCAGGUGAGAGCCGACAGGUGGGGCGGGGCGGGGUGGCUGCCCUGUGGCUGAGCAGCGCAUGGCGGCUUCUGUCCUCUCUGGCCCCUGGCUGAGCCUGCUCAGACCCCCUUGCCCCCUGCGGGGGUUGUGUCUGCUGCCGCAACCUUCUCUUUUGCCCCCCACCCGCAGUACUACAUCAUCGAGGUGAAUGCCCGGCUGUCGCGGAGCUCAGCGCUGGCCAGCAAGGCCACCGGCUACCCCUUGGCGUACGUGGCUGCCAAGUUGGCAUUGGGCAUCCCUCUGCCUGUCCUCAGGUAACGCUCACCUGGGCUGGGCAUCGCUCUGCCCAAUCCCGGCUAGGACGGGGGGCUUGCUGCUCACAGGAUCCGAGGGUCCUUCACCGCUUGAGCAUCUUGUGGAGCAAAACGGCUUUCCUUGCAAGAAGCUUCCCUUGAAACACAGAAGCGGCUGGGUUGUGUCUUGCUCACGCCUGGGUUUUAGCUGCCCUCGCUUGGCUUUGCCUCCUUGCCCUCGCUUGGCACCAAAGACAGUUCCAGGCAAGGCUCCCUGGGGAGAGCUUUCCACAAACGGGGUCAUGGGUUCGAGUCCUGCCUUGCAGGGGGUUGGUCGGGGUCCCUUCCAACUGUACGCUUCUCUGCCCCAGGAACUCGGUCACCAACUCCACCACCGCCUGCUUUGAGCCCAGCCUGGAUUACUGCGUGGUCAAGAUCCCGCGCUGGGACCUCAGCAAGUUUCUUCGCGUCAGCACCAAGAUUGGCAGCUCCAUGAAGAGUGUGGGUGAGCGGGGGGGGGGUGUCCCUGGGAGACCCGGCUGGGCUCCCUCACUUUGACCUCCAGCUGCUUCUGAGAUGCUAAAGAGGCAGGAUUUGGUCCUGGCACUUGCAGGCUUCCUGAUUCCGUGACGCUGCCCCCUCCUUUUGCCUUUCGCGGGUCUAGAACUGUCAGUUAAGAGCAUGAGCCCUGGACUCCCGUAGACCCGGAGUCGGGACUGGAGUCAGAUACAGUUCAGCGCCAAGCGGCUAAGUCUGGUGUCAGCAAAGUUAACUCUUUAUUCAAGGAGACAACUCCCGGCAGGUCUUGGCCCUACAGGGCAGCUUCCAGUUCUGAACCUUCCACCCUUCCAAGGUGCCUCUCUCAGAUGUUUCCCCAGCAGACUCAAAACUGCAUCUGCGCCCCUCUGGCCUCUGUUCUGCCCUCCUUGGAGACCAGUGGGGAGGGAGACUCCCACGAUUCUUCAGCAGCCUCUUGACCCCCCUCCUCUGCUUCAGCCUCAAAGUCUGAACUGCUCCCUGUCGCCAUCUCUCUGUUGCCCCUUCAGCAGCGCCCCCCUUCUCCCUCGGAUCUUGCUCACUUCCUUGGUUUAGAGUAGUGUUCCCAAAGCAAGGAAGGAUUGGACCCUGAUUAAUAAAAUACACAUGAGACAUGACCAGCAAGACUCUGGGAGGAGUGCCAAUAAUAAUUUCUCCACCCCUCGACCCAGGUCGUGUUAUUCAUGAAAGAACUUUUUACACAGUGUUUGUAAGAACCAAUCAGACUUCCUCUGAGCAUUUCAAAAAACCCCAUUUGGGGACAAAGUUAAAGUUAAAACUACAUAGAGCUAAUUUCCUACUUGAGCAUGCAUAUGCAAUUCAGAGUAAAUAAAAGAGGAAGCGAAGAGGAAUGCUUUUAGGAAACCCCGGAUGUCAUAAACAGGAGAGGCAGAAUGGCAGUUUACCAUCUCCUUGUGAACUCUCUUCCUGGCCCUUAAGAUUAACAAACCUAACAAUAGCUACAUCAAAGCUACCUUCUAUCUUGAUGACCCAGGAUGCCUGAUGCAGCAGCCAACAACUGGUCUGUGUCCUAGAAUGCUUAUAUGUGCCUGUCAGGCAGAGAGAAAGCAAAUGGCAGAGGUGCAGAGGCUUGUGGGAUUUGAUCAGAAACUAUUGCCAAUGAAUCGAACCCAGUCAACGCAAUGCUUUCAUUGCUGACACAAUGGCUUGCUCCAUAUUUUCAUAAUUCCUCAUAGUAAUCCCAUCUGAUCACUACAGUUUAGCGCCUGCCUCACCUGCUUUGGGGAACAGGCUCCCUUCCGGAUCAAUUGAUAACUUGCAUCUUCCCCACCCCCCUUCUUUCCUGCCCCCCCCCCGCAGGCGAGGUGAUGGCGAUUGGGCGCAGCUUUGAAGAGGCCUUCCAGAAGGCUCUGCGCAUGGUGGAUGAGAACUGCGUGGGCUUUGACCACACUGUGAAGCCUGCCUCAGACAUGGUAAGGGGGUCCGGGAGCGUGGAGAGGGUCCGGCUGCCCUCCUGGCCAGACUGUGCCUGCCCCACCGGGCCCAGAGCCCUGACCCUCUCUGCCUGCCCCCUCCCUUUCCCCGACCCGCAGGAGCUGGAGACGCCCACCGACAAGCGCAUCUUUGUCCUGGCGGCCGCCCUGCGGGCCGGCUACUCCAUCGAGCGCCUCUAUGAGCUGACCAAGAUUGACCGCUGGUUCCUGCACAAGAUGAAGAACAUCACGGACCACGCCCUGUGCCUCGAGUCCUACCGCCAGGCCGAGCCGGGCUCCAUGCCCGCCGCCGUCCUCAAGCUGGCCAAGCAGCUCGGCUUCUCAGACAAGCAGGUGGCCCAGGCUGUACUCAGGUACCUGGAGGUCGGCCCCCUCCCCAAUCCAGCCAGGAGCAGCAGCCCCCUCUUCCCCCGUGGGGAAUAGCAAGGGAGGGAGGGAGGGGGGCGUCACUGCAGGCCUGACUGCCACUUCUUUCAGCUGCCCCGGGGCAAUUGUCACGGAAUCAUAGAAGGGACCCCCAAAGGUCAUCCAGCCCAACCCGCUACAAUGCCGAAAUCGCAGGGAAAGAUGUUGCGGCUCAUGGGAGUUGUCGUCCAAGCCACCUGGAGGGCGCCAGGGUUUAUUAGGGACCCCCAAGGGCUAUCUAGUCCAGCCCCCUGCAAUGCAGGAAUGGCAGCUCAAGAAUCCCUGACAAAUGGCAGUCCCACUUCUGUUCAAAAACCUCCAGCGAAGGAGAGUCCGCCCCCUUCCAGCGUCAUCUGUUCCAGCUCUUCCCGUCAGAAGAGUUCUUCCUAAUGUUUGGUCAGAAUCUCAUUUCUUGUAACUUGGCUCCAUUGGUGAUAAUAAUAAUAAUAAUAAUUAUAAUAAUAACAAUAAUUUAUUAUUUAUACCCCACCCAUCUGGCUGGGCUUCCCCAGCCACUCUGGGCGGCUUCCAACAAAGUAUUAAAAUACAGUGGUCUGUUAAACAUUAAAAGCCUCCCUAAACAGGGCUGCCUUCAGAUGCCAUCUAAAAGUCUGGUAGUUGUUGUUCUCUUUGACAUCUGGUGGGAGGGUGUUCCACAGGGCGGGUGCCACCACCGAGAAGGCCCUCUGCCUGGUUCCCUGUAACUUGGCUUCUCACAGUGAGGGAACCGCCAGAAGGCCCUCGGAGCUGGACCUCAGUGUCCAGGCUGGACAAUGGAGGUGGAGAUGCUCCUUCAGGUCUACUGGACCUUUGAGGCCGUUCAGGGCUUUCAAGGCCAGCACCAACACUUUGAAUUGUGCUCGGAAUUCCUUCUCUCUGAAGCAGCAGAAAACAAGCUUGCUCCCUCUUCCAUGGGGCAGCCCCUCAGGUAUGAGAGGAGGAGACCCUAGAGCCAUCUGGCAAUAUUGGAAGGGCUGCCCCAUGGAAGAGGGAGCAAGCUUGUUUUCUCCUGCUCCGGAGGGUAGGACUCAAACCCAUGGCUUCGAGGGACAAGAAAGGAGAUUCCAACUCAACAGAUGGAAAAACUUGAUGAAGGUGAGCUGUUUGACAGCAGAACAGACGCCCUCAGGAGGUUGUGGACUGUCAGGGAUGCUUGAGCCGAGAUUCCUGCCUUGCAGGGGGCUGGACUGGGAGUCCCCUCCAACUAUGAUUCUCCUGGCAAGGCGAGGGGAGACCCCUUUCCAAAAUCCCGGCGGCCGGUGCUGCCAGUCAGUGCAGGCGGACCUUGAGCAGAAGCCCCUGGCUCCGCGCGUUACAAGGGCACUUUUCCUCUCCCAGCACGGAGCUGGCCGUCCGCAAGAUGCGCCACGACCUGAAGAUUCUGCCGGUGGUCAAGCAGAUUGACACGGUGGCGGCCGAGUGGCCGGCCCAGACCAACUACCUCUACCUGAGCUACAACGGGACGGAGCACGACCUGGCCUUCCGCGAGCCCCACGUCAUGGUCAUCGGCUCCGGCGUCUAUCGCAUCGGCAGCAGCGUGGAGUUCGACUGGUGCGCAGUGGGGUGCAUCCAGGAGCUGCGCAAGGUGAGCCUCUUCCCGGGGGGGGGGUGGAUCCGGGGGCCCCCCAGUCUAUUCUCCCUCAGAUCUUGCUCACUUCCUUGGUUUAGCUCCUGCCCCAAUUAGUGCCAUGGCCUUCCGUUAAGAGUUUGGGUGUAAUCCUUGACGCCUCCCUUUCCAUGGAGGCACAAGUUACAGCAACAGCCAAGGCGACAUUUUCCCAUCCUCACCGUAUCAAGUAGUUGGUCUCUUACCUUUCCUGCCCUGACCUGGCCACAGUGAUCCAUGCGACGGUCAUCUCCAGGCUUGACUACUGUAAUUCGCUCUACAUGGGGCUGCCCUUGAAGCUGUCCCAGAAACUCCAGCAGAUGCAGAAUGCUGCAGCGAGGCUCCUCACGGGGUCCCUGCCAUGGGAGCAUAUUCACCCAGUGCUUUUCAAGCUGCACUGGCUCCCGGUGGAGUACAGGGUCAGAUUUAAGGUGCUGCUUUUGACGUUUAAAGCCCUUUGUGGCUUAGGGCCCUCGUAUUUAUGGGACCGCCUCUCCUGGUCUGCCCCGCAGAGGACCUUAAGGUCCAUGAAUAACCAUAGUUUAGAGGUCCUAAGAUUAUACUCCAUCAGGGCCAGGGCCUUUUCAGUGAUGGCUCCGACCUGGUGGAAUGCUCUGUCCCAGGAGACCAGGGCCCUGCAGGAUUUAACCUCCUUCCAUUGGGCUUGUAAGACAGAGCUAUUCCACCCGGCCUUUAAUUUGAAUUCAGCCUGAUCUUUUAUUUCCCUUCCCUUCCCUCACCCGCUCUGAGACCCCACAGCUAAUUCUCCCCUGGUCUCCUCACUGGCCCAAGUAGGACUAAUCCAGCCAGCUAGCCCUGGGGAGUAUCUAAUGUUUAUUGGAUGGAUUUUCCCCCUAAAUUGAUUUUUGAAUUCUGAAUUUAUUGUUAUUCGUGUUUUAUACUGUAUUUUAUGCUUUUUUUGUUGUUGCAUCAAUUAAGUGGUUUAAAUUUUGUUGUUAGCCGCCUGGAGCCUGGUUUUCUGAACUGGGAAGGGUGGGGUAUAAAUAAAACAUUAUUAUUAUUAUUAUUAUUAUUAUUAUUAUUAUUAUUCCCCCCAUCUCCCCCGGCUGCACAGUGUUCGGUGAUGCUCCUGCCCCAUCUAGCCUUUGUAUUUCAUAGAGUUGUAGGGUUGAAAGGGACCCCCAAGGGACAUCUAGUCCAGCCCCCUGCUGUGCAGGAACCUCAGCUAAAGCAUCCAUGGCAGAGGACCAUCCAGCCUCUGCUUAGAAACCUCCAAGGAAGGAGAUUCCCCAGGGAGACAGUUCCACGGUCAAGCAACUCUUGCCAUCAGAAAGUUCUUCCUGAUGUUUAGUUGGAAUCCCCUUUUAUGUAACUCGAAGCCUUUGGAGCGGCAGAAAACAAACUGGCUCCCUUUUCUGUGCGACAGCCCUUCAGAUAAUACAAAAUAGAAUAAAACCAUGCAUCUAUUAUAAAACAGCAACACUGGGGCUGAACUCUGAGCGGCAUCCACAUCCGAUACAUUUUCACCUACAUUUCUCCUGAAUGCAGCCGAUGGGGAGGAUUGUUGUAUCUCAGUCUGGAGGGUGUUCCAUAAAUGGGGAGCCACCACUGAGAAGGCCCUGUCCUGUCCCUUGUCCCCAUUGUGAGCAUCACACUGGCUUUCUCUGGGCUUAAGCCUGUGGGUGGCACUGGUGCUGGGGAGGCCCUUCUGUCCGGCCCCCAGGCCAUCGAUGGUUUGGGGCCGUGUUUCUCCUCUGGAGCCCCAGCUGUCGAUGGACUACAACUCCCAUCACCCUGAACUAGCCAGCAGCACCCGUGGUCAGGGAUGAUGGGAAUUGUAGUCCCAACAACAGCUAGGGACCCAGGUUUGAGAAGCACUCCCUUCGGGUGCUUGAGGCAGGAAGCUCCCAGCCCCUGGGGGGGGGGGUGGCAGGACAGGGGGCCGGACCCACAACUAAUAUUCAGGCUGAGUUCCGGGAGAAUGAGCUCGACGCCGCGCCUUCCAUCUCUCCUCUGCAGAUGGGUUACAAAACCAUCAUGGUCAACUACAACCCGGAGACGGUCAGCACCGACUACGACAUGUGUGACCGGCUCUACUUUGACGAGAUGUCCUUUGAGGUGGGUGCCGUCGAUGGGUGGUUAUGCCAGGGGAUCGGGGCCUCUAACAAGUCUCCUCUGUCUUGUAGGGCUUCUCCUUAUUUAGUUUACGCUACUCCUCAGCCAUCCUUUAUUUACAUAAACAACUACCUGACAUUCAGAAGACAUCUUAAGGGAGCCCUGUUCAGGGAAGUUUUUAAUGUAUGACAUUUUAGUGUAUUUUUGGUCUUUGUUGGAAGCCGCCCAGAGUGGCUGGGGAAACCUAGAUGGGCGGGGUGCAAAUAAUAAAUUAUUAUUAUUAUAUUAUUAUUAUUAUUAUUUCACAAAGUCUAUGUGCUCCUUGUUCAUAGGGCCAGGGGAUGGACCUCAAAGCAGUUAACAAAAAAAGGAAAUAUAGAGCAAUAAAAGUAUCACUGAGUGGCAGCCAUCAUUCAAAGCAUACAGAAAAUUGCAGCCACAAUAGACUGAAACAAGUGGAAACUCACAUCCACUCUCCCGGCAGGCUUGUUUAAGCGAGAAUGUCUUUUAGCAGGUUCCGAAAAGAGUGCAGUGAUCUCAAUAGGCAGGGAGUUCCAAAGGUUCUGUGCUGCUACCCUGAAACAUUUGCGUUGUUACUGAUGGGGUGCAGCAGGUAUCAAGGCUUCCCAUGGGAGUGUGCUAUUAAAACUGCAAAACAAUGGAAUAAAACCUCAUAAUGAUUCUCCCCCAAAUGAUUUCUAGUGAUGGCUGUGUAAAGGACGCCCAAGUGGGUGAAAGGGGCUUGGGCUAUGCAGGGGGGGGGAUCUCCUUGGUGCAGCAGCAGGAGGAGGGGAAACCUCGAGCCGCUGUGCCUGGUGGGCCUGAUCCUGCCCCCCGUGGGGUCCUCACCCGGCCUCUCCUCCCUCCGCCCCCCACCAGGUGGUGAUGGACAUCUACGAGCUGGAGAGCCCCGAGGGUGUGAUCCUGUCCAUGGGGGGCCAGCUGCCCAACAACAUCGCCAUGGCCCUCCACCGGCAGCAGUGCCGCAUCCUGGGGACGUCCCCGGAGGCCAUCGACUCGGCCGAGAACCGCUUCAAGUUCUCCCGCCUGCUGGACACCAUCAGCAUCAGCCAGCCCCUCUGGAAGGAGCUCUCAGACACCGAGGUGAGCUCUGUCCGUGGGCCCAGCCGCCAGCCUGGCUCGGGCGGACCUCUCUCUUGUCUCCAGGCAACCAAGAGGGGUGGGGGAGAGGGUUCGGAUCCUGCUUGCGCGUUCCCCAUGUUGGGCAUCCGGGUGGCCACUGUGAGAAGGGGGAGGGUUGCCAGUUUUCAAGGCCCAACUCAGUUGGAAAGGGACCCCAAGGAGCCACUGCAUUCUAACCUGUAUUUUAAAUUGGUCCCCCCCCCUAUUAUGUUUUUACUGUAAUUUUACUGGUGUUGGCUGCCCUGAGUCCGGCUCUGGCCGGGGAGGGCAGGGUAGAAAUAAAAUAAAAUAAAUUAUUAUUAUUAUUAUUAUUAUUAUUAUUAUUAUUAUGUCCAAACCCCUGCAAUGCAGGAAGAAUAGUAAGGGGAUCACAGUCCUAAAUGGCCCCAAAUCCCUCGUGGGUGCAGGGGGGCCCCUCCUGGUAGAUCCUCCGCCCUCUGGGGGCGCCCAGGGAGAGACAGCCUUCUCUGUGGGUCUCCCUCCUCUUUGCCCCCCUGACCUGUGCCUUUUAGGACCCACCUUAUUGUCAUGGUUGUAAGGUAAAGGGACCCCUGACCAUGAGGUCCAGUCGUGGCCGACUCUGGGGUUGCGGUGCUUAUCUCGCUUUACUGGCCAAGAGAGCCGGCGUACAGCUUCCGGGUCAUGUGGCCAGCAUGACUAAGCCGUUUCUGGCGAACCAGAGCAGCACACGGAAACACCGUUUACCUUCCCGCCGGAGUGGUACCUGUUUAUCUACUUGCACUUUGACGUGCUUUUGAACUGCUAGGUGGGCAGGAGCAGGGACUGAGCAAUGGGUUGUAAGCAGUUUUAAAUUCAUGAUGCUGUUCUUGCGGCCACUGGCCUGAUUCAGCCCGUCUCUUCUGAUCUUCUUACUAUUUACUGAGCUUAUAUACCACCCUAUACCCAGAGGUCACAGGGCAGUUCACAGAAAAAAGUCUCAACAUAUAUAAUCAGAAUAAAAAACAACACCCCAAUAACACCCCCCCCAAAAGAGCCACAUUUUAAAAGGGCGUCGGAUGCCGAUCAGACCACCCAAUGGCCUGGUUAAAAAGGAACGUUUUUGCCUAGCGCCUAAAGGUGUGUAAUGAAGGCACCAGGCGAACUUCCCUGGGGAGAGCAUCCCACAGACGGGGAGCCACUGCAGAAAAGGCCCCGUUCUUGUGUUGCCACCCUCCGCACCUCUCAAGGAGGAGGCACACGAAGGAGGGCCGUGGAAGAUGAUAUUGGGGUCCAGGUAGAGGCAGUCCUGGAGGUCUUGCGGUCCUGAGCCAUUUAAGGCUUUACAGGUCAAGACCAGUGCUUUGAAUUGGGUCUGGAAACUGAUGCCAGAUGCUCCCCCUUGGAGCUGUGGGUCAUUCGCUGCCCUUGUUCAGGGCAGAGUCCAGAAUGGAUGGACCCCGGGGUCCCAGGCCAGAGGGAGUCCCUGGAUCUUUUCUCCCUGGAAACCCAAGUGGCUCCUCUGUCGGCCCUGGGCACCCGCUGACCGUUUCCUCUCCCCCCCCCCGCAGUCGGCCAAGCAGUUCUGCUGCAAGGUGGGCUACCCCUGCGUGGUGCGGCCGUCCUACGUCCUCAGUGGGGCGGCCAUGAACGUGGCCUACUCGGACAGCGACCUGGAGAGGUUCCUCUGCAACGCCGUGGCCGUUUCCAAGGAGCAGCCGGUCGUCAUCUCCAAGUUCAUCCAGGAGGCCAAGGUGCGGGGGCAGAGGGAGAGGGGGGUUAGACUCUGGAACUCCCUGCCACCGGACCGGGCUUCAAAAGAGGAUCAGGCCAAUUCAGGCAGGAGAAGAGAGGCCUCUCGAUGGCUCUGAUCCUCUUCCAAAGUCAGAGGCAGUAAAUGCUUCUGAAUUCCACUUUCUGGAAGCCACAGGAGGGGAGAGGAGGUUCUGGUGCUUGGAUCCUGCUAGGGGGUUUUCCGUAAUGGCCGUCUGUCUGGUCAGCCACUGUGAGAACAGGAUCCUGGACUGGAUGGGCCAAUGGUCUGAUCCGGCAGACAGCCUUCCUAACACAAAAACAGAUGCUAUUCUCCCCUUCCUAGAGACGGGGAAAAUUGUGGGGCGGGGGGCUGGGUUUUUCCAAUUUUUCCAUCUUUCCCCCAGGUCUUCCCAUCUCUACCCCUUCCUGAUUCAGAGCUGGGGUGUGGUUUUUGUGAUCUGGGGGUGAGCCCUCCAAGUGGGGAGUAGAUGUUCAUCUGCCCUUCACUGCCGCAAAGGUGGCUGUUGGCGUGAGGGAAGCAGAGGGUGGAAUUUGCACUUUUGAGUGCCCGGUGAAGCUCAGAGGUGCCCCCCCAGGAGAGCAUGAAUCGGGGGGGGGGGUGUCUGUUGGGGGCGUGGUGAACACACGCUUCACUCGGCUCUCGCUCUCCCCCCUUGCCACAGGAGAUUGACGUGGACGCCGUGGCCUGCGACGGGCAGGUGGUGGCCAUCGCCAUCUCUGAGCACGUGGAGAACGCCGGGGUGCAUUCGGGGGACGCCACCCUGGUGACGCCCCCGCAGGACAUCACGCCCAAGACGCUGGAGCGCAUCAAGGCCAUUGUGCAUGCCAUCGGGCAGGAGCUGCAGGUCACGGGGCCCUUCAACCUCCAGCUCAUCGCCAAGGUGAAGGGGGCGGGGGAGCGGGGCAGCCAGGGGGGUGACAGACCCCUUUGUCCGCCAUCGGGGGCCCCCCUAUCAGGCUGUGGGGUUCUCUGGCAGGUUUGCUUGGCCAAGUUUUCUAUUGCAAUACGAUCACCUCUGAUGCACAUGUAACUUGCGCCCUUUCAACCAGACGUGGUUGGAGACAGGCUGGUUCUUUAUAAUAUUUCAAAUCAAAUAUCCUUUAUUAGGCAUAGCAAACCACACAUCAAACAAACACUAUAUACAAAUUGUGCAAAAUACAAGCUUAGCAUAACUAGGUUUGUCCCAGUCAGAACUUUAACUCCAGAGGAAAUUAAUUUUCAUAAAUAAUACGAUACAACACUACCACAUCACCGAUCAGUUAAGAACCACUAAAUCUCUUUAUAAUGGCCCAGUCUUUCUACAUGGACAGCACUCCAAAAUUCAGCCACUAUUAAAGUAAUUUGAUCAUUCUUGUCCGAAAGCAGGGUCCUGAACCGUUGGUAGCGUAGAAUUCAGCCUAUUGAGUUGUAAGGCCUCUAAUAAUUGUCUUCUGGCAUAAAUGCCAAAAUCACAAGAAAAGAAAAUACGCUCCAAAGUAUCAGGUUCCUGUUUACUACAUUUGCAGAGACGCUCUGAUUCUGGGAGAGCUAAAUAUCUUCCUCUCACUAUCAUCGAGGGAAACAUAUUAAAUCUGGCUAACAUAAGCAGCCUGCCCAAUUCAUGAUUCUUCCCUUUUGAAAAUCUCUACACAAAGGGAGAUUUAAAUAGAGAGGAGAGCAAGUUCUGUGCUUUGCAACCUCGAGAGUGGAGAAAACACUUUUUUCUGUAAGAUUCUUCCUGAUAAUUUCCUAAGUAUCUUUGGGGUCAGAAUUUUCAAAGUCAGUUAGAUUAAGCCGUAUCAAGUUCAAUUUUCUCCUACAAAUCAAUGAUAAAUUGUAAAUUACAUUAUCACUUAAGAGGUCGUAAAGGAGAGAAUUAGGGCUCAAUAAUGCAGGAAGAUCCAAUAUUUCAAGGUUCUCAGCCAUACUCUUACCGAUAAAGGAAGUAUUCCCAACUCACAACAUAUUAUAAUAUUUAUUUUCUGCAUUCAUGUAUUUAGUUGCGCUACAGUUCUAUGAAGGCAGAAAGAGCUUUCACGCUUGGAGCAGUGUGCAGGCUCUGACAUGCUUGCGCCAGCUUCCUGGAGCCAGUGCGCUGAGCAAGCGAUGAACCUCAUUCUUUUUGUGCUGGGCUUACCAUGCAAAUUCCCUGGCCGGCAAGUUCUACUUGGCACAGGAUCUCUGCGAGAAGGGAGGAUUCUCACAGGGCUUGGCCAGAGAGGAUUUCCGUGUAUAUGCAGACCCCUGGUGUGUGAUUAUGUUUCAGCCCCUGUUGUUGUUUGGCGCUGAACUUGGCUUGGGCUUAGCGCAUCCCUGUGCGACUGGGGCCCUGGGCUGGGGCCGCGUGGCCCCCCUUUGAACCCCUGGCCAACCUCCCUCUCCCCCUCCUCCUCCUCCUCCACAGGACGACCAGCUGAAGGUGAUUGAGUGCAACGUGAGGGUCUCGCGCUCCUUCCCCUUCGUCUCCAAGACCCUGGGCGUCGACCUGGUGGCUUUGGCCACGCAGGUGAUCAUGGGCGAAGAGGUGGAGCCGGUGGGGCUGAUGGCCGGCACAGGCAUCGUGGGGGUCAAGGUGAGUGGCCGGGGGGGUGAGGGAGGCCUUCUCGGGGGGGGGUGCUGAGGCAGCUGGAUCUCCCUCGAGUUCUCCAAGGGGCCUCUUCUUUGGGGCCCAGAAAUAAUAAUUAAUAAAUAAUUUUUUUAAAAAAAUUAUUAGGAAUUCAUCCUCAUUUCCCCCCUCCCCGUUUCCCUCCCCAAAAGAAAUCCCUCCCUCCCUGCCCCCAGACUUCAUUUAGCUCUUCUCUCUGGUAUUUCAGCAGUUACAGAAUUGAAUAGAAUUGUGAAGGCUUCCCAUUCAUCUUUACAGUCGCAAUUAUCCUUGUCAUGUAAUUUAUGUGUCAGUUUUGCCAAGUCCAUCAGUUUCUCUUGCCACAGUUCUUUAGUCGGGAUUUCCUCAUUCUUCCAUCCUUGUGCUAUUAAGGCUCUUGCCGCCGUUGUCGCACACAUGAAGAUAGUUUUCAAUUUCCUUGGCAGGUCUUUUCCUACAAUCCCUAACAAAAAUGCUUCAGGUUAAUAAAUAAAUUUUUAUUUAUACCCCGCCCUUCCCGGUUCAGAAAACCGGGCUCAGGGCAGCUAACAAUAAAUUUAAAAAACUUAAAUUCCUGUGCCACUUAAAUCCCCGUGCCCCUCUCUGUCCGCAGGUGCCCCAGUUCUCCUUCUCGCGGCUGGCAGGGGCCGACGUGGUCCUGGGCGUGGAGAUGACCAGCACGGGGGAGGUGGCCUGCUUUGGGGAGAACCGCUGCGAGGCCUACCUGAAGGCCAUGCUCAGCACCGGGUUCAAGAUCCCCCGGAAGAACAUCCUGCUCACCAUCGGAAGCUACAAGGUGAGCCGGGCAGAGAGGGGAACGGGGGCAGCCUUGGGGCGAGGGAGGGCCUGAGGAGGGGGCCCAGCAGCGCCCCACACUUCCCCAAAGGCAUUUUCAUUUAGCACCAAGAAUUCCAUAGUGGAAGAGAGGAGGAAGUCCUGUGCGCAGGGGAAUAGACUGGGCUGGCUGCCUGUCUUUCUGGAGGGACGCAGCACAUUUGGACUUUGCCAAAGGCUCCCGACUCAGAUGAGCAGUCAGGAAAGAAGAGGAGGGACCGUCUUGCAGGUCAGCAACCGCUGAAGAAACACGAAGCAGAGAGUUGGAAUAAAUGGCCAUUUUUCAAGGACUGGAAAGGAGACCUGAGCUUUUUUAACUUGAUCUGGAGUUUGGGGUGAUCAGUGAAGUGGCCCAGUUUGCUGAGGGCGCGAAACCGUUCAGGGCUGUUAAAUAAAGAGAGAUUGUGAGAGCUCCAGAAGGGAGCGAAUGGGCGGAGGCCAGUGCCACCCUGGGUCUCUCUGCCCUCCACAGCUGGAGGCUGCCAUGCUUCUGAGGACCCAAGGAAGGCUCUUGCGCUCGAACCGACUUUUGGGUUUCCCUUUGGGGCACCUGGUUGGGCACUGCUUGAAGAGGAGCGGGGGGUUCUCAGGUUCCUCUGUCCUUGGAUGCCAGCCUGUGGAAGCGGGCGCUUGGCACAAGGUGGCAGGAGAAGGCCGGGUGGUGGCAGCUCCCACCCAGUACCGCGAAGACCCUCACCCGGGAGGGAGGCAGCGAGAGGGCGCUGCCAUGUGGCCUGUCCUUGGCAUCUCUUCCAGAACAAGAGUGAGCUGCUGUCCACCGUGCGAACCCUGGAGGGCCUGGGAUACAACCUCUAUGCCAGCCUGGGCACGGCCGACUUCUACACGGAGCAUGGCAUCAAGGUGGGCUGGGCAGGGGGCUGUCAGUUUGGCUGAUGCUGAGCCUUGGGGGGGGCGAGGGAUGGAAAAGGACCCUGCAGGUGGGAGUGGGACAAGGGAUCCAUUUCCAAGGCCAUGUGGGGUUGGGGGAGAUGUUACUCCGUUCAACAACCGGAGCGUCAUUUGGCCUCUUCCCACACCAAUACAGUAGACUUCUUAUCCCCUGGGGGGGGGCACUGAGUGAAGACUCAAGGCCAGUUCCCUCUGUACCAGCCCUGGAGGGACUGGAAGUUUGACAUGUAAUAAUAAUGAUGGUGAUAAUGAUAAUAAUACUUUAUUUAUACCGCGCCCAUCUGGCUGGGUUUCCCCAGCCACUCUGGGCGGCUCCCAACCGAAUAUUAAAAACAUGAUACAGCAUUCUAACUUCCCCCACCCCCCUAGCUUACAUUUUUACAACGCCUCCCUCCAAAUCAGAAUUGUAGCGUUGGAAGGGACCCCAAGGAAUCUCAACUAGAUCACACACAACAUAUUUCCUUCCUCUUUAGCCACCAGUUUGUGCCUUACUGCAUGUGGGGCUCGGGAAAACCUUCCUAUGGGGAGGAGGCAAGGCAUGGGGUGCCCUAAGUCCUAAAGCUGUGCAGUUGGAAGGGGACUCCAAAGGUCCUCUAGUCCAACCCCCUGCAAUGCAGGAAUCUGGUGGCUCCCUGAUCCCUAGCCUCCCGUGGCCCUUCCCAGGCCCCAGGGGCAGAACGGGCCCUCCGUCCUUGCUGGGCGUGGCUGACCUGGGGCUGGGGGUCUCCCCCCUUCUCUCGCGCGGCAGGUGAUGGCUGUGGACUGGCACUUUGAGGAGGCCGACGGGGGCGAGGUGGCCGGCAAGGAGCGCAGCAUCCUGGACUACCUGGCGGAGAACCACUUUGACCUGGUCAUCAACCUCUCCAUGCGCAACUCGGGCGGGCGGCGACUCUCCUCCUUCGUCACCAAGGGCUACCGCACCCGGCGCCUGGCCAUCGACUACUCCGUGCCCCUCAUCAUCGACAUCAAGUGCACCAAGCUCUUCGUCGAGGUGGGGGGCAUUUGGGGGGCAGAGUGCUGGGACUGGGCUCUGGGGGUGGGAGACCCCAGUUAGAGGUUCUGAAUGGGGAGGGUGGGAGGCAGGCAUUGGGGUUCUCGGGGGGGGGUUGCCAGCUAUUCCUGGGCAGUUGUGACCCCCUCCUCUGCUCCCCACAGGCCCUUGGACAGAUUGGGGGUGCUCCGCCGCUGAAGAUGCACGUGGACUGCAUGACCUCGCAGAAGCUCAUCCGCUUGCCAGGUGGGACCUGGGAUAUGGGGGUGCCAGGGGGAGGGGGGCAUUAGGGGGCAGAAGAGCAUCUUCCCCAGACCCCAUCCUGGCCCUCUCUUGGCCCUCACUUGCCAGCGUUGGGGUCCUGCCUCCGUCCGUGGGGUCAGAGGGCAGACCUGGCUUGCGUUCUGUCCAUGGGGCUGGAGUGAAGCAUCAGUCCCUUGGACCCACACGGCUUGUGGGCCCCAGACAGUAAAUCCUGCCACUCUGAACAGACCAUGGCUGGCCGACCCUGCCUCGGUUUCCCUGACGGUGUGCUCCGUCGUCUGCGCACUUGGCAUUUUUGGGUUUAUACUGGGCGUUAUGUUCUUAUGCAACCUCCAGCUCCAAAGGCAGUCCGUCUGGGGGGUUUUGGCCACUGUGAGAAGAGGGGGCUGGACCAGACGCAACGUAGGCUCCUGGCCUGGCAGCAAGUCCACUCUGUGUCCGAUGGGGCAGUGAGUGCUUGGAGGAGCCUGGUGCCCCCUUGGGCGGAGGCUGAGCUGGACUCGUUGGGCACCUGCCUGACUCCCCGGGGGGCUCCCUCCGCUGACCUUGGCCCCCUUCUCCCCCUCCAGGGCUCAUCGAUGUCCAUGUGCACCUGCGGGAGCCAGGGGCCACCCACAAGGAGGACUUUGCAUCCGGCACAGCCGCUGCCCUGGCUGGCGGCAUCACCAUGGUGUGUGCCAUGCCCAACACCUCCCCGGCUAUCAUUGACGCCGGUUCCUUUGCCCUGGCGCAGAAGGUAAAGAGGCUCCUGCCUGGCGGGUCCCACCUUGCGGGGGGUUGGACUAAAUGACCCUCCGGACCCCUUCCACCUCACAAUUCUGUGUCUACAGAGAAGGGAGGUGGGCGAGGAGAGGAAGCCCCUUCUCUGCAUUUGGAGGCAGCCAGGCUUCUGAGUCCCAGCUGCUGGAAACCCCAGGAGGGGCGAGAGUUGCUUUUGGGGUCGUAUCCUGCUUUCGGGUUCCCCAUAAUGGGCACCUGCUUGGUCUCUCUGAGACUGGAUGGGCUCCCUUUGCCCCGACCCAGCAGGGCUCUUCCUCGGUGGGGGUCACAGUCUACAGCUCCUGGUGUGCCAGCCCCAUUGUGAAACUGGGUUUGCCUCUCUGCCCUCUCCCCCCACCCCACAGCUGGCGGAGACCGGGGCCCGCUGCGAUUAUGCGCUCUACGUGGGCGCCUCCUCGGACAACGCCGGCUCCCUGGGGCCUCUGGCCGGAGCAGCCGCUGGCCUGAAGAUGUACUUGAACGACACCUUUUCGGACCUCAAGAUGGACAACGUCUCCCUGUGGAUGGAGGUGGGUUGGGCACGCGAGAGGCACGUCGAGGCAGACCUUCCCGUCCCUUCUCUGGCCGUGGGAUCCAGGAAUCCUGUCUUAACUGGGGGUGGCCUUAGGCCAACACCCCAGAGCACAAAAUCGCCUUGCUCCGCUGCUUCAUUUUGGGGGAACUGGCACAGCUACAGAUGCCCAUUCAACCUUUGUAAGAAUUCAGCAUUUUAGGGCAGCCGCAAUUAGACUUUGGAACUCCCUGCCUAUUGACAUCUGGAAUCACUGGCUUUUGUUUAGGCACGCCAAGAUGCUUAGGAAGUCCGUGUGAAUCUCUUUCAUCACUUGUAUGCCAUUUCACCAUCAAGUGGCAUAUGAAUAUUGGGGAGGCGGUCGUCCCGCCCCUUUGCCCCCGGGGGGGUCUCCUUCCCUCGCCCCUUUACGCUCAGGGGGUCUCCCUCACUCGCUCCUCUCUCUCUGCCCUGGCAGCACUUUGAAAAGUGGCCCAAACACCUUCCCAUCGUGGCUCACGCAGAGAAGCAGACGGUGGCUGCCAUCCUGAUGGUGGCCCAGCUGUACCAGCGCCCCGUCCACAUCUGCCACGUGGCGCGGAAGGAGGAGGUGAGCGGGUCGGAAGGGGGGGUGGCGGCCCGGGGGGGCUGCAGGGGGUCCUUGGCUGGGAAGUCUUCUCCUGCAGGGCAGGAAGGGGGCAAGCGAGACUGGCAAAGCACCUCCAGCCUUGGGUGGCUUGAAAAGAGGGCAGGACCGAUUCAUGAAGGGGGGAGAGGGCGAUCGAUGGCUCCCGGCCGGCGUGGCUCUGCGCUGACUCCAUGCUCAAGAGGCAACGAUGCUUCUGAAUCCCAGGGGCUGGGAACCACUGGAGGGCAGAGAGUUCCUGGGCUCGGUCUGAGAACAGGAUGCCCAACAAGAUGGCGUACAGCACCCGGGCUCUUCUGCUGCGCUUCUGGUGCCUCCAAGCUCAGAGACAGUCUGCCUAGAGUCCUAGGUUGCUAGGGGACAAAGUUAAAGUUAAAACUACAAAGAGCUAAUUUGAGCAUGCAUAUGUAGUUCAGAGUAAAUAAAAGAGGAAGCAAGGAGGAAUGCUUUUAGGAAACCCCAGAGGCCAUAAACAGGAGUGGAAGGAUGGCAGUAUUUACCACUCCUUGUGAACUCUCUUCCUGGCCCUUAAGAUCUACCUAAAGAUUCACAAACUACACCAAAGCUACCUUCUAUCUUUAUGUACUGAGGAUGCCUGAUGAAGCAACUGGCCUGUGUUUAGAAUGCUUAUACGUGCCUGUCAGGCGUAGAGAAAGCAAAUGGCAGAGGUGGAGAGGCCUGUGGGAUUCAAUCAGAAACUAUUGUCAAUGACUCAAACCCAGUCAAUGCAAUGCUUUCAUAGUGGACACAAUGGUUUGCUCCAUUUUUCAUAAUUCCUCAUAGCAAUCCCACCUGACCCCCACAGGCUGGGCUGGCACUGGGGCAGUUUUGACCAACAGCAGUGGGGGGGGGAAUCCGCAUGGGGGGGCGCUGGAAGGGGAGAAGGGGGGCAGAGGCAGGUCUCCCUUUCCUGCAACGGAGAGUCAGGAAGCUGCUUGGGGAGGGAAGGUCAUCGUGAUGAAGCUCUGCCUUUUUACCCCACAACUAAGGGGUGAAGGGCUAAGGGUUGUGUGACCCCCCCACUCCCCCCGCAGAUCCUGAUCAUCAAGGCCGCGAAGCAGAAGGGCAUUGAGGUGACCUGCGAGGUGGCCCCCCACCACCUCUUCCUGUGCCAGGAGGACCUGGGGCGCAUCGGGGAGGGCAGGGGGCAGGUGCGGCCCAUGCUGGGCACCCGCGAGGACAUGGAGGCCCUGUGGGAAAACAUGGACACCAUCGACUGCUUUGCCACGGACCACGGUAAGGGGGGCGUGGGGGUGUUGGCCUCUGGGGGGAUGCAGCUGCUGGAAAGGUGGGGGGAAGAUCCACCUGCCACGCUCAUUUAGAGCCCCAUAGCAAAUAGAGAGGCAGUGUGGUUCAGUGGUUAGAGUCUUGGCCUAAGACCUCAGAGAGAUCAGGGAUCAAAUCCUUACUCAGCCAUGAAACUCACAGGGUUCUCUCUCUCUCAGCGUAGCCCACCUCACAGGGUUAUUGUGGAGGAUUACCCGUAUUUUUCGCUCUAUAGGACGCACCAGACCACAAGACGCACCUAGUUUUUGGAUGAGGAAAACAAGAAAAAAAAUACUCUGAAUCUCAGAAGCCAGAACAGCAAGAGGGAUCACUGUGCAGCGAAAGCAGCAAUCCCUCUUGCUGUUCUGGCUUCUGGGAUAGCUGCGCAGCCUGCAUUCGCUCCGUAAGACGCACACACAUUUCCCCUUACUUUUUAGGAGGGAAAAAGUGAGUCUUAUAGAGCAAAAAAUGUGGUAAAUGAGGAGAGGGAGGGAGAACCACCCCACCACCUUGACCUCCUUGGAGGAGAAGGUGGGAUAGAUAAAUGGGGGGAAGGGGUGCUGUGUGGGGCCCUGGUCUCUGCCACGCGUCUCUCUCGCACUCAGCUCCCCACACGCUGGAGGAGAAGCUGGGCAAGGAGCCCCCGCCCGGCUUCCCUGGCCUGGAGACCAUGCUGCCCCUGCUGCUGACCGCUGUCUCUGAGGGACGGCUCAGCGUGGAAGACCUGGUCCAGCGUCUCUACGAGAACCCCCGGCGCAUCUUCGGGCUCCCCCUGCAAGAGGACACCUACAUCGAGGUGAGGCAGGAGGGUGGGGGGGAGCCCGCCUAGGGUGUCCCUCUGCGGCGGGGGGAGGAUGUCACGAUUCCUCGCGGUGCUUUUAGCAGAAACGCUCAGAGUCCCAGGGUUUUCCAGUGCAGUCUUUUUAAUGUGAACUAUAUACAGGUAUUUACAAAAACAGACCAUACAGAGUACCUGCUCCUUAAGGCAAACGAAUACUCUCCACCACAGCACCACCAUACCACAGCACAACCACCACAACCACAGUUACUGUUGAACAGGCUUUCCUUUUAAAACAGGUGGUAGCCAAUCAUAUUCCUGCUGAGUCACUCUGACCCAGCACUUCACAGAGUAUUGCAUCAGCCUGUUGAAGCCUGCAGACUUACUCAACAUCCUGCGAAUCCCAACAAGGACCUGGCAGAGGCGAGGGGGCCUCCCAGGAAAGGCCCUGCUGCCUUCUCCUCCAGCCACAAUGCUCUUUCUCUGCCGGUCAAGGCCGUCUGCCUCAUACAUUUAAUAAUAAUGUUAAUUAAUUAAUUAAUUAAUUAAUUAAUAUCCCGCCCUCCCCAGCCAAAGCUGGGCUCAGAGCGGCUAACAACAAUAAAAGUAACACAGUUUACAUACAAUCACAAUCAAUUAACUGAAAUGCAUUCUAAAAUCAAUUCAUUCUAAAAACAAUUCAGAGUCAAAUUCAUGGCAACCAUUGGGCUGGAGUUCUAUGAGGAUCACAGAAGGAGGGGGUCAGGCUGUGCCCUGGCCAAAGGCCUGGUGGAACAGCUCUGUCUUGCAGGCCCUGCGGAAAGAUGUCAAGUCCCACAGGGCCCUAGUCUCUUGGGACAGUGUUCCACCAGAUCGGGGCCACGGCCGAAAAAGCCCUGGCUCUGGUUGAGGCCAGCCUAACCUCCCUGUGGAUGUUUUUAUUUGAAGACCAUAAGGUCCUCCGUGGGGGACAUUUCCCAACCAGGUGCCCCCAGUGGCCGGGCAGAGCCAGCGACAGCCCCCUCCUCCCCCAUGAAUUUGUCCAAGCCCCCUAGGCUGGUGGCCAUUGCUGGGUCUCCUUUGGCAGGGAGUUCCACCGUUUAACUAUGUUCUGAGAGGAAGCUGCUGCUGUUGCCUCCAAGCCCUGCUUGCUUCCUGCAGGCACCUGGGGGCCAGAAGAGGCUGCUGAAGGGCCGGGGCUCAGGGACAGGGUGUCUGCCUUGCAUGCAGAAGGUCCCACGUUCCAUCCCCGCUGGCAGCAUCUCCCGGGGGGCUGGGAAAGACCCCUUGUCUGAAACCACAGAGAUCCCCUGCUGCCAAUCACUGCAGGCAGCGCAGAGGAACCGCGUGGUUUGACUCUGUCUAAAGCAGCUUCCUAUAGAGGUUCCUGUGGACCAGGUGGGCCGUGGGCCUGAUCCACCAACUGCAGGGCUCCUGGUCCUCCAGGAAAGACUCCCCUUGGCAUGGGACCCCCAGGAGCUGGGGGGCUGAGUCUCCGUGGGGCUGAGCCAUUUCCUUCUGGCAGGUGGACCUGGAGCAGGAGUGGCUGGUGCCCCCCAACACGGCCUUCAGCAAGGCCCGCUGGACGCCCUUUGAGGGCAUGCGGGUGAAGGGGACCGUGCGCCGCGUCAUCCUCCGCGGGGAAGUGGCCUACAUCGAUGGGCAGGUAAGCGGGGCAGGGAGGGCAUAGAGGGAAGGGGCUGAAUGGGGCGUGGGGGCCAUAGAACCCUAGAACGGCAGAGGUGGAAGGGCCCCCCGGGGUCAUCCAGUCCAGCCCCUGCCCCGCAGGAAUCUCAGCUGAAGCAUCCAGGACAGAGGGCCCUUCAAACUCUGCUUGGAAACCUCCAGGGAAGGAGAGACCACCAGCCUCCGAGGCUGUCAAACAGCUCUUACUAUCAGAAAAUUAUCCCUUAUUAUUAAUUACAUUUAUAUACUACCUUUAUUUUCCCGUCACGGUUCUCUCCCUUCCCAUUUUAUCCUCGCAACCACCCUGUGAGGAGGUAGGUCAGGCCAAGAGAUGGUGAGUGACUCCCAAGGUGACCCAGGGAGCUUCGUGGCUGUGAGGGGGAUUCGAACCCUCCUCUCACAGGUCACAGUCCAGCACUCUAACCAUUAGGCUGCACUGGCUUCCAUGAGCCCAAACCAGCUCUACCCAUUAACUGUCCUUGUCGGAGGAAGACUAGAUGUGAUGCCAAGCUUGCAGUUGGGAAAAUUGCAGCUUUCCAGAAAAGGAGGUGCAGCCUGGUGGGGUUUAACCCUUUCCUUCCCUGCUGCUGUCCUGGCAAAAAUAAUCCCUGUGCCUUCUGUUCAUCCCGGGAUCCUGAUGUUUAGGGUCGGCCACUUUCCUCGGGCUGAAGGGGCCUGCAGACGCCGCUUCCUGGGGAGGGUUUCUGGGGCUCUGAGCGCCUCCUGUCUCUCCUUCCAGGUCCUUGUAGCUCCAGGCUAUGGGCAGGAUGUGCGUAAAUGGCCGAGUGCGGUGCCAGCCAAAGAGAUCCUGAAGGUAGGCGCUGGGGCUGAGCCCAGAAUGCCCCCCAAGGGGGCGGGAUAGGGGAGGGAACCCACCUGCCAGGCUGCCCAGCACCCACACCACUUCCUGACCCCUUUCUGUGGGGCUAUGAGUGUCUCUUCUGCCCCCCAGAGGGAUGAAGGAGAGGUGGCUUAGUCUGCGAAAGGGAAACGGCUGGGUGUUUGGGUGCUGCUUUCGGACGGCAAAGUUCCAAGUCUAAGCAGACAGGAGAUCCCUCAGGAAACACACGCAAGAGCAAAAGGAGGACUGAGAGAGGGAGAGGGAGUGUGGCAUUUAUUUAAUUCACAAAAUUUACGCACCACUAACAAAAUCGAGCACUUUAAGAAACACAAAAGUUAAAAUAACUAAAACAGGUGAAACUUUGCACCCGCUUUCCAAACACCUGGGCAGGCUUGUCUAAACCAGAAUGUUUUUAGCAGUGGCCAAACAGAGUACAGUGACAGGCCUGCCAGAUAUCAAGAGGCAGGGAGUUCCAAAGGGCAGGUCCUGCCACACGCAAGUUCUUCCCAGUGCAGAACGGCUCUUGGGUGGCCCCUGCAGGACCAAAAUGGGUCCAUGGGGGGUAAGAUAAAUUGCUCCCAAGCUGUUAAGGGACAAUCUCUUGGUGACUCAAAAGCAGAGCCUCAGGCCAGUCCUUCCGAGCACAGAGCGAAAAAGGUGUCUGUGUUGGAGCUUUGAGACCCCACCAGCCGUGGAAAAUCCAAGCAGGAGGCUUGGUCCUGCUUUGAGCCAACACUGGACUAUUGGGGGGGGGGUCUUUGCCGUAGCGCCUGCGCUCCUUUGCUUUGCUGUCCAUUUCCUUUUUAAAAAAAUAAUUUAUAUUAAUUUUAACAUAUGAAUUAUAAUACAUACCACAAAACUUCACAAUUUAUACAAUCUUUUUUCUUUCUUUCUUUUUUGGACUUCCAUCAGCACCUCUGAUGAUCCACUGUUCUUGUCACUUCUUAUGCAUUUCUUAAAUUCAUAUUGCCUUUAAUUAUCUUAACUAAACAUCCUCCCCUUUAUCCAUUUUUGCAAUAGUUCCAAUAAUUCACCUCACAAAACUUCUUGCAAACCUACAAACGUAGUCUGUUCUUCAUAAUUACUUUUCAAAUAGUCUGUAAAUUUACACCAGUCUUCUGUGAAUCUCUGGUCCCACAGAUUUCGAAUCCUUCCUAUUAGUUUCUCUAGUUCGCUUUGCUGUCCAUUUCCUAAAAAUUCAGGGGCACACCCCUUGUGAGUCCCCCCCAUUCGGGGGGGUGUGCGCUGCUGCUACUGUAUAUCUGUCAUUCUCACACACCACAAGAGCAGGUGGGAGAUGCCAUUGCUCCCCCCCCCAUUGCUUAACUCUCCCCCCUUUCAGACGCCAGAGCGGCCCCUCCCCACUGUCCAGCCAGAGGCCUUGCGCUGUCGAGCGCCCAGCCCCCGUCGAGCCGGACCGGUGGGAGACGCCCGCUUCUUCCUGGCCCCCCGCAUCCACCGUGCCUCGGACCCCGGGCUGCCAGGUGACGGGCGUGGGGGGUGGCGGGAGGGGGGUCCUUCCUGGGGGCAAAGAGGUGCUGUUGCAAAGGCCUCCCGUCUUUCUCUAACAUUGGUCCUCCUUCCUCUCUCCAUCCUCCGGCAGCCGAAGAUCUCAGGGAAAAAGUGGUCAAGAAAACCGUGGAGCCGCCAGGUGAGGUUUCCUUCCUCCUCCUCGCAGAGCCGCUUGUUACUUUCUCUCAUAAAGCGGAUGCACCGCUUGGUUUCUUUACAAAAAUUAAGAAAACCACGCACCUCAAAUAAGACAAAGCAAUAAAAUGAUCGAUGAAGAGUUAGCAGCAAUAAUUUAAGGCUGUGGAAAAGUUAAAAUAGCAGUGGACCAAAAGCCGAUGGCAACUAGAUCUAGGUCUCUGGGUGUGCUUUCCUAAACAAUAAUGCACAGCACAGGCGCCCACCUGGUGUCAAUAGCCAGGGAGUUCCAGAGGGCAAAGACCUGAUUUUUCACAAACUGGGAUGGGGUAUUACGCAGCCCCUGUGGCCGUGCCCUCUCCGCUAAUCUAAGCAACCGAGUGGGUCCGUGUGGGGCAAGGGGAUCUCGUAGGUAAACUGCUCCCAAGUUGUUCAGGGCUUUGUGUACUGAUAGACUUCCUGGGGUGUUUCCAGGAUCAGAGAGGAGCUGGGGUUUCCUGCCAUACCGUGGCGAGAGGCAGAUCCUGCUGCCCCCGCUGGGUGGUGCCUCUCUGGUCCUCCUCGCAGGCGGGGCUGACCUUCCUUUCCUCCCGCAGACUUGGCCAUGAUCCAGGACGGCCCCCUGUACCUGGCAGGCCCCUUGCCCAGGCAGACGUCCCCGCAGAGCCUGCCGCACCCCCAGACUUCGCCGCUCCUCCACCCGCUGGUCGGGCAGCACGUCUUGUCCGUCAAGCAGUUCACCAAGGGACAGGUACUCACGCAGAGACACACUGGGACACCCCGCUCCUCUGGCCUGCCCUGGGGAAGGGAAAAGCCCAGAGAGGAGCCUGCAGGAUCAGGCCAGAUGCCCCAAGGGGAGACCCACCAGAGCCUUCUCCCCUCCCGGGGCUUCCAGCCACUGGGAUUCAGAAGCAUUGCUGGCCAUCCUGGCCAGGAGCCAUCCAAAGCCCUCUCCUCCUCCAUGAAUCUGUCCAGCCCUCUUUUCAAGCCAUCCAAGUGGGUGGCCUUCACUGUCUGCUGUGGCAGGGAGUUCCACAGUUUAACCAUGUGCUCUCUGUGUGAAGAAGGACUUUCUGUCGUAUGUCUUGACUCUCCCGGCCUCCAGCUUCAUUGGGUCUCCAUGGGAUUGAGUGUUAUGAGAGAGGGAGGAAAGCUUUUCUCUGUCCACUUUCUCGCAGGCCAGGGAGAACUUUUUAAGCUUUGAUCGUGUGUUGCCAUUUCUCUAAAUUGAAAAAGUCCCAACCGCUGCGACCAUUCCUCAUGGGGGCAGUCGCUCCCUCCCCUCAAUCACUGACCUUGUUUGACCCUUCCCUAAGUUUUCAGUACCGAACCAUAUGUUCCGAACGCUGCCGAGCACCAUAGAAAAGUAUAAUGCCCUUGGUAGCAUUUCGAGACCCCCCUCCUGUCCGACUGAGCACCCCUCUCCCCUCUGCUGCAGAUGUCUCACCUCUUCAACGUGGCCCACAACCUGCGCAUGAUGGUCCAGAAGGAGCGCAACAUAGACAUCCUCAAGGUGAGGUGGGGGCCGGGGGGUAGGGGGUGGGGGUUGGGGAAGGGGAGCCCCCCACCUGUACUGAAGUCCGCCGCUUCCUCCCGCGCAGGGCAAGGUGAUGGCUUCCAUGUUCUACGAGGCGAGCACGCGCACCAGCAGCUCCUUUGCCGCCGCCAUGUACCGCCUGGGGGGCUCCGUCCUGCCCUUUUCAGAGGCCACCUCCUCCUGCCAGAAGGGGGAGUCGCUGGCGGACUCGGUCCAGACCAUGAGCUGCUACGCCGACGUCUUGGUGCUGAGGCACCCCCAGCCGGGGGCCGUGGAGGUGAGCUCCGGCCAAGGCCACUCUGAUGGGACGCAGGGCCCUCGGGGGCCCCAGCAAAGAGAAUCCUAGAAUCCCUGGGACUGUCGAGUUGGGAGGGGGACCCAAAGGUUAUCCAGUCCCACCUCCUGCAGUGCAGGGGUUACAGCAAAGGGAUCUCUGAGCAUCCAGGGAGAGGCUGCUCCCCUCCGAGGGAGACCAUCCCAGAGGAUUGGGGUCUAGCAAUCAUCAUCCCAGUACAGUGGUACCUCGGGUUAAGUACUUAAUUCGUUCCAGAGGUCUGUACUUAACCUGAAACUGUUCUUAACCUGAAGCACCACUUUAGCUAAUGGAGCCUCCUGUUGCUGCCGCGCCGCCAGAGCACGAUUUCUGUUCUCAUCCUGAAGCAAAGUUCUUAACCUGAAGCACUAUUUCUAGGUUAGCAGAGUGUGUAACCUGAAGCGUAUGUAACCCGAGGUACCACUGUAUACAAGAAAGGGAGCAGAUCGGACCCUGCUAAUUACAGGCCAAUUAGUCUCCUAAGCAUUAUCAGUAAACUAUAUGCUGCCCACUUAUGUAAUAAAUUUGAGGAUUGGAUGGAGCGAGAAUAUGUCCUUUCAGAAGCACAAGCUGGUUUGAGGGCAAACCGGUCAACUUUAGACCAAGGCCCAGGACUCCAACGUCUUGUGGGGAAAUAUACCUCCAGAAAAGGAGGGUCCCUCUACGCAGCUUUCAUAGAUUUUCAAUCUGCCUUCGAUUUAAUAUCACGAGAUAGGCUUUGGGGAAAACUAAGCGCCUCAAACAUAGACAGACUGUGUCUACUGUGUCUUAUCCGCAGUUUAUACGAAAACACUCGGGCCCGGGUUAGGUGUGACCGACAGGACCAUUUAUCCAAGGAAAUCCAAACCUCCCAUGGUGUUAAACAAGGCUGCGUCCUUGCGCCUACUUUAUUCAACUUCUGAAUUAACUCCUUAGCAGGAAACAUGGAGAAAGAAAAUGCCCACCCCCCUAAAUUGGCUGGUACACCCCUCCCGGUUCUCUUAUAUGCGGAUGACCGUUCCAGUGUGGAGAAGGAACAGAUCCAGCCCAUGCCAUUAGCGGGGCUCAGUUCCCUGAAGCCUGGGUCUGUGGAUGGGCUUCUUCUUCCGCCUGGAGGAGGCUCUGAGCCACUUCACUCCCACCCCAGGCAGCAGAGUUAUUGGUUUAUUUGUUUGCAUUUCUGCACCACCUUAUUCUCCAAGGAGCUCAAAGCCCUACGUGCUUCUCCCGCUUCCCAUGUCAUCCUCACAACGACCCUGCAGAGUAGGUUAGGCUGAGAGAAGUGGUGGCUGGCCCAAGACCACACCCACUGAACUCUCCAGGGUCCGACUCCUCAUUCCCGUCCCACAAUCACCUCCCACUGCAAGGUAGGCCAGGCUGAGAAAGGCAGCAACUGGCCCAAGGGUCACACCCAGUGGGAGCUUCAUGCCCAACUGGGAAUUUGAACCCUGGGCUCUUGUGUGGCCCUGGGAACCGCCAUGGGCAACUGGGCUUCCAUCUCCCAGAAAGGAGGAAAUGGGGACCGCGGUCGGUACAAUCUCUCCAGGGCGGCCGGGAAAGGGCUCUGAGGAAUGCCCCUGCUGACUCCCUCCUUCCCUCCCUCCUUCCUCCUUGUGCCAGCUGGCUGCCAAGCACUGCCGCAAGCCUGUCAUCAACGCGGGCGACGGGGUCGGGGAGCACCCCACGCAAGGCCUGCUGGACAUCUUCACCAUCCGGGAGGAGCUGGGCACGGUCAACGGCAUGACGGUGAGGGGACCUCGCUCGGAAGGGAGGGGUUGGGGGGUGGCUUCUUUGCGGGGGCCUCCGGCCAGGGGUGCUGACAGCUGCCUCUGCCCUCCCCCAGAUCACCAUGGUGGGCGACUUGAAGCACGGCCGGACCGUCCACUCUCUGGCUCGCCUGCUCACCCUCUACCGGGUCAGCCUGCGCUACGUCACGCCACCCGACCUCCGCAUGCCGGCCGACAUCUUCCACUUCGUGGCCUCCAAGGGGAUCAAGCAGGUGAGGGGGAGGGGGCUGCGCUGGGGGUCCCCCCCUGCUGUAUUUUAACAGAGCUAAAAGAGUAUCAAAAGCAAAUCUAUUAGUGUUUGAUUUAAUUUGCUGUUCUCUACGGAAGCCGUUCCCUUCCUAAAUUUAACCGAUUUGGGCAUUUUUAGCCCACUCGGAGGUGAGCAACAUUUUAACCUCUAAGCCCCCUCUUAAUAGUUCAUGCAACACCUUAAAGAAAAGCACAGCCAAGAAAGAUACACAAGCUCAGCAUCCAGCAGAGACCCCGUUUGUUAGAGGAACUAUUGCCACAGGGCCGGCUCCAUAAACCUGUGCUUCAGAGAACCACCAGUUAGGGGAACUGCCCCAAAGGCACCUUUUAACAGAGUUCUUUUUUUCCAAAUGCAGUACAGGCAACCCCCAAUUUGCACAGGGACGGCGUUCUGGGUUAUUGUGUGUGUCGGUGGAAAUAAUAAUAAUAAUAAUAACAAUAAUAAUAAUAUAGUAUUAUUUAUACCCCAUCCAUCCGGCUGGGUUUCCCCAGCCACUCUGGGCGGCUUCCAACACAAUAUUAAAAUAAAGUAAUGUAUCAAAUAUUAAAAACUUCCCUGAACAGGCUGCUUUCAGAUGUCUUCUAAAAGUCUGGUAGUUGUUGUUCUCUUUGACAUCCAGUGGGAGGGCGUUCCACAGGGCGGGUGCCACUACUGAGAAGGCCCUCUGUCUGGUUCCCUGCAACCUCACUUCUUGCAAUGAAGGAACCACCAGAAGGCCCUCAGAUCUGGACCUCAGUGUCCGGGCAGAACGAUGAGGGUGGAGACGCUCCUUCAGGGAUACUGGACCGUGUAUAAGCCCUCCCUGCACCCUUCCAAGUCCAAAAAGGGCACAUGCGUGCACAAUUGGGGGCGCUUUGAAUGUGUGUCAAUGGUCGUACAGUGGUGCCUCGCAAGACGAAAUUAAUCCGUUCCGCGAGUGUCUUCGUCUAGCGGUUUUUUCGUCUUGCGAAGCAACCCUAUUAGCGGCUUAACGGAUUAGCGCUAUUAGCGGUUUAGCGGCUAUUAAAGGCUUAUCGGCUUUUCGGCUUAGCUGCUAAAAGGCUCUUAAAGGCUUAGCGGCUUAGAUAAAGGGGGGGGGGGGAGCGAAAAAAAAUCUCAAGACUCGCAAGACAUUUUCGUCUUGCGAAGCAAGCCCAUAGGGAAAUUCGUCCUGCGAAGCAACUCAAAAACGGAAAACCCUUUCGUCUAGCGGGUUUUCCGUCUUGCGAGGCAUUCGUCUUGCGGGGCACCACUGUACGUCAUUAGCUCAUAGGAUGCAUACCUGGAAGGUCAGGGAACACAGCUUUGCCUUGUUAUCUUCCGUCCCCUCAGACUCUGGAGCCUCAAGAGUCACGCUUCACCCACUGAUCAUCCUGCUUCCUUGACGACCAGGCUUCCUUAAUUUACCAUUCCUGUAGCUUCCCACACCUUGGGGAAUCUCAAGGAAGGCACAUUGCGCCCUCAAUCUUUGCAAACUACCCGUCAGGGAUAGUUAAGCCAGGAAUGCCACAGUCCAGCAGUUUACACAGCGUACGAGAGGUACAAAAAUACAGGGAUGCAAGAAUCAAAUCAUGCCUUGAUACCCAAGUUCUACAUAGAGAAUAAAUACAAUUACUGUAUUGGCCCGAAUAUAAGCCGCACUUUCCCCCCAAAUUCCUACCGUGAAAAGUUAAAGCAUGGCUUAUAUUCGCAGUCUUAUGGUAUGCAGCCAAGAGUCGCGAGGAAGGGAACAGCUUAUAUUCGGAUGUUUUUUCUUUUUUUCUUUUCCCUCCUCCAAUUUUAAAGGUGCGGCUUAUAUUUGGGCCAAUAUGAUAUAAUUGGAGAUAGAAGGCUGCUGAGCGGCUAAAGCAUUUUCUUCUUCUUCUCCCUUUUCCAUGCUUGAUCUGUGUGUUGCUUUGAUCCGUGCAAGCUGCCUCGAGUCCCCUUCUGCGGAAAAAGGCAGAGUAUAAAUCAUGGGGUAUUUUUAUGCCUUAAAGCGUUGUAGAUGUUUUUCUUGGUGUUACCUUUCUGCAAACGGCGUUGAGGCGGGCUCUGUUGCCGUUGUUCCAGUCGAGAGGCGUGUGGAUUUUAAGGAAUAACAAAAAGGCAAGUAAAUAAAUGUAGGAGCCAUAAUCGCGGUAAUAAAUUCUCAGGAGGAGUUUGAGAACAUCGAGGAGGCUCUGCCCGACACGGACGUCCUCUACAUGACCCGCAUCCAGAAGGAGCGCUUCGCCUCAGUCCAGGAGUUUGAGGCGGUGAGUGAGGAAGGGGCCCUGAACUGCUGCCCCCACCCCGUGGCGCCCCCAAGUCCGCUGGCCCUCGGAGGCCCGGAGGCCACCCAGAGGGGAUGGGGAAGAGGGUCCCUGGGCGGGAGGGGUGGGGCCACCCCCAGACGCAUGCUCACUGGCUGUGUUCCUCUCCCUCCUCCCUCCUCAGUGUUUUGGGCAGUUCAUCCUGACCCCUCACAUCAUGACCCGGGCCAAGAAGAAGAUGGUGGUGAUGCACCCGAUGCCCAGGGUCAACGAGAUCAGGUGCGCUGGCCAGGGAAUGGCUUCAGGGUGCCAGAUGGAGUGAAGGGACAUUUUGGGUGGAGCCUAGGAAUUUGGACGAGUGGCGGACCCAGCGGAGCUCCCAUGUAGGAGGAUCUGUGGGUCGGGGGGGGCGGGUUCAUAAGCAGCAGAAGUCCCCAGCUUCUUCCCUGUUUCUUUGCUUCUGGCUGCUUGGAGACUCUGGAGCAGUAGAAGGGUGUGUCAGAUGGGGGGGUGUAGUUUGGCGAUGGGAACGCCCAGCCUCAGUCGGUCGCCUUGGGAUCUGUAGAACCACAGAGCAUCAGAGUCGGAAGGGACCCCCAGGGUGUGGCAUUCCCAAAGCAAAGCCAGGAGUGAACUCUGAUAAAAUACACACAGAGGCUUCAACCAGCAAGACUCUGGGAGGGGUGCGUAUAAUAAUAAUUCCUCACCACCCUCCGGCCCAGGUCGUUUUAUUCCCAAAAGAACUUUUUUACACAGUGUUUGUAAGAAACCCCAUGUGGGGACAAAGUUAAAGUUAAAACUACAAAGAGCUAAUUUCCUACUUGAGCAUGCAUAUGCAAUUCAGAGUAAAUAAAAGAGGAAGCGAAGAGGAAUGCUUUUAGGAAGGUCAUAAACAGCAGUAAACAGGAGAGGACAGAAGGAUGGCAAGGAAAGAGUAUUUGCCAUCUUCCUGGCCCCUAAGAUCUAUCUAAGAUUAAACUACAUCAAGGUAACCUACUAUCUUUAUGUACUGAGGAUGCCUGAGGAAGCAACUGGCAACUGGGCUGUGUACGUGACUUGUCAAGCUAGAGAAAUAGACGGUAGAGGAAAUGGCCAGAGAUGCAGAAGGUUGUGGGAUUUGAUCAGAAAUUAUUGCCAAUGAAUCGAACCCAGUCAACGCCAUGCUUUCAUAGCGGACACAAUGGCUUGAUGCCUAUUUUAUAAUUCCUCAUUGUAAACCCAUCUGAUCCCCACACUCUGGAUAUUUGCACUCCUACCCCAGGGGUCAGCUCCCCCACCCGCAAUGCAGGAACUGGAGCUGAGUCAGAAGAGCGGCCUACCUUGCAGGGCGGGUGGCAAAGCAUCUUGCACAGGAGAAGCACGUUGUGUGCAGAGCUCUGGGCCCUCGGAAGGGCGAGGGGCGGCAGCCUGGGGCGCUUGCUGACUUGGUGGCGAUCAUGACCUCCCCCCGCUUUCUCUCCUUCCAGCGUGGAGGUGGACUCGGACCCGCGCGCUGCCUACUUCCGGCAGGCAGAGAACGGCAUGUACAUCCGCAUGGCCCUGCUGGCCACCGUGCUGGGACGGUACUGAAGCCGCCUGGGCGGGACUCUGGGCCCUGGUCCGCGUUGCCCACCUGGCUCCUCCACCAAAGAGCAAAAAGCGGCGCUGCUGGAAGGCAGCCUUGGGACAGCUCCAUGCUGGGGGGUGGGGGCACGGGAAACUGGGGGGGAGCAAGCUCAGGAAAGGCCCCACCCUCCCUGCCUCCCCAGCUCUUGUCUUCCAGCCUCCAGGAUGGGCUCUGUGGGGCUCUUUGCCUUCCCCUCUUGGGCUGAGCUGCUUCCUGGGCCCAGCCCUGGAGACAUUCCUCCUUCCCGAGGACCAAGUUCUGUUUGUUUUGGGUCUGGGUUGGCGGCCCCCCUUGGCAGGCUGCAACACCCUUCAGCCCUCGCUGCUUCCCUCGAACGGCCUGCUGCCCGCAGUGACUUUUCUACACAUACUAGUGAGCCAAGCGGAUCCCUUUGUUUCCGUUUCUUUUUUUUAAUAAAAACAGUUGAAUACAA